CCACAGUGGCACUGUACGGGAAUUAUUAUUAUUUCAAUUUAAAACCGGCCGGCCCGUGUUGCCGCCAGUCAGUGACCACCAGCGUGCGGUUACGGUGCGUCGUCGUUCCCGGCCAUUCGCCAGUGACUAGUACGUGUAAUAUUUCGCGUGCGAACGGUUUAAUUAUUAUUAAUUUUUUUUUUUUUUUUUUUUGCUUUUACGUUUCGGUUCCCCGCCGAUUGUACUCGUAUAAAUAUACCGUAUUAACACAUCAAUUCCGUAGCGUGACGACGCGAAUUUGAUCGCGGAUUUUUUUUUUCUCGUUUUAUCAUAACGUAGGUACCUAGGCUAUAGAAUAUAAUAUAAUAUACAUUUAUUUUUAUUUUUUUCAUUCGAUUCCUUUCAUCCCGAACACACGGCGUUUCGCGAACGGCCCGAUAAUAAUUAAUCGCGCGAUGAUAACCGUCGAGUUAUUGACCCAACACGAGCUACUGUAAUUAAUAAUUUCCGUAUUGUCUGCCCGAGACCCGGCGACCGACCGCCGUAUAUACACGACGAUAUAUCGUUCGAUAAUAUUGAAUUCCUGCGGGUCGAUUGAGAUCGUUUUGUCGCCGACGCUGCAACACCGGAACGGUAUGGAUGUGUUUUUUUAACAAUAGUCACGAUUGUUGUUGUUUCGUUUUUAAAACCCAGCGCACUUAUGAUAUUAUUAUGCUUUUGUUUUUUUCGUGAUAUUACGGAACGGAUUCAUAUGCGCUCGACAAAAUCUACAAAGACCGUUUGAAAACGCCAAAAAAACCCUGAAAAAUCGCUCGAAAAAUGUUUUGUAAGGGCAAUGACAGGGGUUCGAAAGUCCCGCUCCACUACUAAUGGUUCUAAGCUAUUAAAAAUAAUUUUUUAACACCACCAAAAUAUGAUUUCGCAAUGCAAUUUUUUUCAAAUAAAUUUUGCACGUGUUAUCUUUUGUCAGUGUUAGAAAAUGUUACCUAUUAUUUUAUAGGGUUGGAACCGUUAGGAGGAGGGCUUUAAAAACUCCUCUACCACUUUUGAUUUUUUAAAUAUUUUCAAGUGCUUUUUUGCGGAUUUUACGUGCAUAUAAAUCUGUUCUCUAUUAAUAAUGAAUAACGUGUUUGACGUGUAUUUUAAUAAUAAUAAAUAAAAAAACGUAUGUCCGCCACGGAGCUUUUUUAGGUACAUACAGGUAACCGCGGACGACCGUUGAUUACAGAGUUGAUUAGGUAUCGGCCACGGAACGCGUGUCGUACGCGGCUCGGGUACUCAGACAGGUGGGUAGAUGUCGUGGAUAGGGUACUCAACGGUAACGUACUCAGGGGAGGGCCCCGUAGACCCAAGUCUAAGAGGCUUUCCCUCUAUAGCUCCUUUAGGCUUUGGCACACUCCCCAAUUGGCCGUGUCAAAAACGGGGGGAAAAAAAAACAAUAUAAACUGUACUAUUAUUGUUCAACCGAGUACUGAUGAGUGGAUCGCCCGAUAAUUAUUCUGUAUUUUGCAAAACAUUUUUUUUUUUUCAGUCAAGUUUUUAAGUUUAGCCCAUACCCCCAACUGAAAAAUCCCGUAUACGCCGCUGGUAUUCAACAGUCAAGGUGCCUAUUCCCCCUCCCCCCCUCCCUUGGGAAAUUAAUCCGUCACCCGAGUAUUUUAUGCCGGGCGUGAUGUUAUGCGAAUUAUCGCACGACCGCGUUUUUGGGGUUUUUAUAAUUUUAUCCCCCCCCCUCUUUGAGGAUAUUGGCGUAUUUCUAGUUUUAUUUUCCGUUUGUCGACCGUCAAACUUGGCAUACAAUAGUCCAAGGGCCGGAUUGAAGCCUGUCCGAACUGUCCAACUCGCACAGCUUGAUCAUUUAGAAAAAUACAAACGAUAAUAUUAACGAACCGAAUUGUAGUAUUAUUGUAUUGUCGAGAUAUUUACCUACGCUUGGUAUUACAAUGUGAAAAAGUAAAAAUAAAGGGAAAAAAUCUUAUUGAGUGCCUGCAAAGACGACUGCACGGGGCCGCAUCGAUAUUUCAGUUUAGGUAUUCGCCACGGGCUAAAAUAAAUAUAGAGAGAGAAAAUAAUAUUGCAAACCAAACGUAUCAAUAUAAUAAUACACCGUAUUUCUAGUGUUUUCCGGCAUUUCCCAGAUACGCGUGUAAUACUGUAUUGUAGAUACUCGCUUUUAUCUUUUUUACAGCUUUUGUACAAUGUUUUACUUAUCCGAAUUCGAGUAUGAAACUUAUUUCAUUUCGCGCGGUGUAUUUCGCCAGUCGCGUCUCGUUUAUUUUUGAAUUUAAUUAAAAUUGUAAUUUUUUUUUCACACCGAGCACCAAUAUAUCCGAUACAUAUCUUAUAUUCCUUUAUUUUCGGACAUACACCUUAGGGUAUGUAUCCAUUGCUUGAAUUAGGGGGAGGGGCACGAGGAGACGGAGCUCCACUACUACUAUUAUUAUUUUUUUUUUUUUAUAUAUUCGUCAGCUCAAAUUAAUUAAAUAAAUUUUUUUCUUUUAAAAUUUAUCGUCCAGUCAUAAAUUAGGUAUCAUCAUUUUUCUUUUUGUGUUGAACGUUUGCGGUCUUGCGUGGAUAAAAUAAGCGAUAACAGUUUUAAACGCGAUUAAUCUUAUGAUGACACCUAAUUAUAUAACACUAUUAAUUAAUAUAACAUUAUAUGUUUACAAUUAAUAAUGACUGUUCGUUUAAAACAUUUUGUAUUCUACGGAUGUGGAAUUUUUUUGAAAAUUUGUGUAAGGGAAAAUUCCCUCCCCCCCACCACUCAUAUGGUGGAACCCUUGAAUUGCUCUUGGUAGUGACGGGCACGGCUGAAUGGAACCCAUCGAAGUUUCAUCGGUAAUUUUUUUUUCAUGUAGAGGGACCCUUUUGAAAAUUUCCCGGUAGUUCGAAAUUGGCCUAUCCGGGUGUGUGUGAAUUAGCGGUGGGAAAAAUCGCGAUUUUCCGAAGUUCGAAAAUCCGGAUUAUCGGAAUCCGAAAAUAUCAACAUCAUAGUAUGAAAUAUAUAAACUAUCGAUAUCCGACAGGCAAUAUUAUUGUUUUAAAUAAUACUAAUUAUAAUUGGCAAUAUAUGCGUUUAUAUAUUUUUUCAUAAUAAUUAUAGUUUAAUGUGUAAUAAACCGAAUGAUAUAGUAAGCCAAUAGCAAAUGUCAAUUAUGAAAAAAAUCCAAAAAAAAUUACAUCGUCAGUGGUAUACACCAAUUAGACAAUUUAUAUCGCACGUGUAUGUUUUAUGGCCGUAUAAAACCGCAAACAUUUUACGCGUGUUGCCGUUAGCAUCACCUAGCGACGGCGAUGUCGAUCGGAAAGAUAAUUGCAUUUUAUUUUUGUUAUUUCAUUACAAUGUUAUUAUUGGCGGGUCGUGCGUACGGACGUUUCGGGACCGCCCGGGCAGACGGCGUACGCGUUACCCGCGGACAGUUUCACGACUCGCGCACAUUUUUCGCGUUGUCAAGGUCCCGGUGGGGGGGGGAGGGGCGGAUUUUUGGCUAUUGUUCCGUUGGCACCGUUGUUCCCCUGCCCACCCGCCCCCUCCCCUCGCCAUCCACUAUUCCUUGGGUAACGUUGCGUUACGCGCGUUUAUCAUUGUGGAGUAAGGCCACGCACGCGUGUGUACCGCAUAUACCGCGUGUGUCGUGAACCCGCGAACGUUCAUCUGCGCGCAUCGCCGUUUUACAGCCGCCGUCGUUAUUGUUGUUAUUAUUGUUAUUGUUGUAAUAACGCCUGUCCCCGAGGUGCCCGCAUUAUAUUUUAUUAUCCUCAUUGUUAUUAUUUUAAUAAUUAUAUUACAUUUGCUGUAUCGACGUUAUUAUAAUAUUGUGCGACGACGACGGGGGGAGGGUGUGGCGAAACGGGGUUUUUUUUUUUUUUUCUUGUCACCGAAACUCGAGCCACAAGUGUUUUUAAACACAGCUCGAAAUGCCCUCGAGUUUGACAGCGGGACUCCCCGUGUGUUCGCGACCGUCACCGGCGUCGUCGCGCACGCGCGCUCAGUUCGCGAGCGUGUUUUUCGUAUCCGCGACGUGCACAGUGUUUACAUUGCGUUACGUUGCGGUCCGACGUGUGUUAUUUAUAAUAUCGUGUAAUACAAUAUUACACACGUAUUACACGGGAGAGGUACUUGUAAUAUACGAGAUUUCCGGAUAACGUGUGUCGUUCGGAACACAUCGCCUUCCUCGCCAACGCAACGGCAACAACGAUAUUUGCCACCCUCUCGCUUUCGCCCCUUCGCUCUCCCUCCCACCCUUCUCCCGGCAAAUCGUAUACCGUCGUAUAUUAUGCACCGGAAUAAUUUUUCGAUACUCCCGUUGCGAAUUCACCGCGUAUAGCUGAGUUUGUUGGACGGACCGGAACAUUGCUCGAGACGACAGUUUAACAUACGUAUAUUCACAAUUACCCGGGUGUCCUAUAAUAACACAAUUUCCGUUUACGUUUAUACGGUUUCUGUAAUACGAAUGCACACAAUUCACGUUAUUAUUAACCCAGUGUUCAUUAUUGUUUGUUUCAUCCGAAUAUUGACCAGAUCAGGUGUUCAUAAUAUUGUCUACUCUGUCUCGUAACAAAACAAAUGACAAAUAUUAAUUCUUUGGUACCGUUACCCGUUCCAUUGUAGACGUUUUCCCCUUCGAAUUUUUCUCGGAAUAUAUAGCAUUCCAUAUAAUAUAACACUGCAUUAUGUUUGUUGUAUUAUUUGUGUAAAUAUUUUUUCCCGCUCCUUUUGAAUACUUUUAACGGCGAAACGGGGUGCAGUUUACAUAUUAUUAGGUACACAUUAGGUAUAUAAUUUUUGACCUGUGUGUAAUCAUCCGCGGGUGCAGUUUUCAUGUGCAAUAAAAAGGGUCAUUUUAUAAUCAAAAUUGUAUUUUAGGGAUACCUGUUUGGUGCACUUAUCUACGCUAACCACCAUAAGUUAAAACGCUGUUGUUUUUUUUCUUUUUUUUUUUAUUAAAAAUUAAGUAGGUCUUUCCGAAAUUAUGUGUGUUUAAAUCUAUUCGAGGUAUAUCAUAACAUAUCCUACGAACAAUGGUGAAUCAUAUUAUAAAUUUGCUGUUAACUACGCUAUGACAGAUACUCGUGUUGUAAACUUUUGUAAAUAUUUGUUCGGCGUAAAUUAGGUACUUAUCCAUGUACUCAUUACAAUAUUACGACGUGGAUACUAUAUUUGAAGUGGAUAUAUAGCAAGUGUCUCCCGUUCAGGUUUUAUGGAAAUCGCAUUUUCAACGGUAUAAAGUUUUUUCCUCUAAGCAUUUUUAUCAAAUUUAUAAUUUUUAAUAUACCCUGCGUAUUGUAGGCACUGUACUAAUAGGUUAUUAUACAUUUUGAUACAAUAGGUAUUCUAUAAAUAAUAUAAUUCACGCUAUUUUAUAAUUCUGGUUAUAAUUAUUACAAAUUAAAAUAAAAUUUUAACAUGAUUUUUUUUUGCAAAUCAUAUUAGGUAAAUACGAAUAUAGGUGGAUAUCAAUAUACAAACGUUCACCGUGACUUUAAAAUAAUAUUAUGUUAUACAAGUUUUAAUCUCUGUUAUAAUAUUAUGCGAGUACCGCCUAAUUUAAUUUUAAUAGUCGGUGAUCAUGAUAAUUACAUAGGUAGAGUCAUCUGGGAUUAUAUGAUUAUUACUUAGGCGGAACGAAUUCUGCUGCAGCUAAGGUCCCUGCUGUUUUAGCUGUUUUAUUUGUGUGUGCAAUAUUUUGCGCGAAAACCGUAUACUGACUCAUAUACUCAUUAUAAUCAUUAUAUAUACUAACUAUAUGUUACUAUAGAUCUAUCCUUACAAGUAUAUUUACUUUUCAUAGUUUAAACCAAUUAGAAUAAAAAUCAUGUUGCCAUUAUUUAAAUUUUAUAAUAUUAAUUUAAACCUAUAGCCCAUUAAUUCACAUUAAAUUAAAACAAACAGUUAACUAUAAAACCUGUAUUAAAAUACUCGUAACCAACUGUUCUUCUUCUUCAUCUCAAUUAUUUUGUGUUGAGAUAGGUUUAACUCGUACCUAAUUGUUUAUAUAAAAUUAAAUGGGAGUGUUUUUGAUUUUUUUUUAAUCAACUUAUACUAUUAUAUAUAUUGGAGAAUUCCUUAUUUGAGUUUUUUGGAGUAGAAAGUUUCUAAGUGAAAAAAUUAGUUUAAGAUAAUUAAAAAGCAAAUCCUGCAAUUUUUUUCAGAUUUUUAAUUUGUUUUUAGAUGGCGCCCCACGGGAGUUAAAUUUUCCCAUUUAAAAUACACAUGUUUUUACGUUUAAUUCUAAUUUAUCUCUUUACUCGGUAUAUCCGAAAAAAUCCUAAACUGGUAGGAUAUGACUAACAACUACUAUGUUUCUAUAAAGAAAAUUAAUUUUGAUGAAAAAACGUAUGUUUUUACAACUCCGUCAAAUUAAGGUUUUUUCUUCUAAAAAUGAUGAAAUUUUCAAAAUUAUUUUGAAUUGGUUUUUUCACUAACUACUAUAUGAAUACAUAAAAUGAAUCUCGGGGUGAAUAUAUUUAUUUACAAAAACAAUAUUUAUAACCUUCUGGAUUCUUGUCAAUGCAGUGUUUCAAAUUUCAAUUUAUUGAAAUAAAAUAUGUUUCAUAAAGACAAUUGAUUAUGAAUAACUGAUAAGAAUUUUACUUUAUUACAUUAUUGAUGAAGGCCGUCGAUUAUAACAAAGAAAAUACCUAUAAAAAAAAAAAAUCUGCGAGAAAAAACUAUUACCUAGCUAUAAUAGUAAUAACGUAUCUGGGUUUCCGAUAAAUGUUUAUCCAUUUUUCUGUAUUUUUCAUUAUUAUACCACUAUGAUAAAAAAUUAUGAUGACUUAUAAAAAUAGUAAACUAUGUAUGAGUUAUAAAACGUAUAACCAUCAAUAUUUUAUACGUUUUUUACAAUAGUUUGGACCUUUUCUCUGUUAUAUAACGUGUUUAUAUUGAUAGAUCGUUAAAUAUGAGUAUAUAUAUAAAUUAUAUACAAGGCCACAGCUAGAAAAUAAUUUCAGGGAUCCGACCUCAUUCCUUGUGUCUUUUUUUUACUAUUAUCAUGUUAAACAUUUUUAGUUUUGAAAACAGUUCGUAUUGGAUCCGAACCUCCAGGUUUUUCAAAUGUUUCUAUUUCUUGUUUGUUACACAUACAUCAUAAUAUUAUAAUUUGUAUUUAUUUUUACGACAACUAUAUUGUGGAAGUCUGGAAAAGUCAUUUAAUCCACUGAGUGUUCAACACAUGUAUAUAUCAAUAUUUAAUAUAUUUAAUAUAUUUUAUAAAUAUUUAAAUAUCGUAAAAUAUGAAGUUCUUUGAAAUACCUAUGUCAAUAAAUUUUAUCAAGUAUUUAAUUUCUUUUUUCUUGUUUAACUCUUUUUAUUCUAACGAAAUCCACUACUAAUUUUUUUCGACUAUCUAUAUUUUAUAAAAAUAGGUAUACUCGGGUUGUAAAUGAUAAUAUGCAUACGCUUUUGACAUAAAUCACUUAGAUAUUUAUAAUAAUUCUCGUAUAAAUUAAACGUAGGUACUAGGUACUGUUCUGCGGGCAUUUGUGCAAUAUGUGAUCCACCCCAAAACAAAUGUCUACCGCAUAAUGUAUUGGCACGCGAUCUACCAUAUAGGUUAUAUAGGUACACUGAAUAACUUAAAAUAGUUUAAUAUUUAUUUUUGUUGUCAUAUCAUCAUCAUCAUCAUCUGGCAUCGUAACUUUGAAAUACUUUUUGCCGCCACCAUUAUAGUGUCCUAUACUCAGUCAUGUAUCCUUUCCUCUUAGUCUGUUACUUCCUAUCUCACUAUAGGUGUUUGCGUAUUUCAUCUAUCCAACGUUUUUUUUUUGGCUUUCCUCUGAAUCAGUGGCGCGGAGAAAAUUUAUGAAUGAUGGCGUAUAUUAUGUAUUUUAGUACCCACUCCACCACGCCUUUCAUAAAGUGCUUACUCUCAUUGUAAUUUGUUUGAUUAUUAUCCACAUGGACAAAUGGACAAUAUAUCAUUACAUGUUCUUAAGUCAAUUAUUGAAAGACAAAUAAAUAUUUGUAUUUUAUAAACUCAAGGUCUUUAUUUUUAUGUAUAACGUGGGUUUAUAACUUAAGGUUGGUUUUAAUACCAAUGGCCUGGCUCAAAUUUGAUAUUUGAGAUUAAGAUAUUGAAAUAAUUCAAUGGUUAAUAAUGGGAAUUUAUGAAACAUCUAGUGGAAUAUCCUAGUGGAGUAUCAAUCCAUUUAUUGAUAUUAAUUAUUAACAAAAUCAAAUAUUUAAUAUCGGAGUUUUUUUUACCAAGCUAUCUGAGCAAUUUACUACCGUAAACAAUAGCAAUUUUAUUUCUCUAGAAAAAACUUGUGAAUUGUUAAGAAAUAACUCUUUACCAAAAAAUCUUCGGAUUUAUUUGUUCGUCUUAAUUUUAUAAAAUAUCUGAAAAAAAUGUAUUUAGCAAUAUUAUUAUAAUUUAGUAAUAAACCUAUAUCUAGAUAAUGAUCUUGUGACAUAUUUUGUCGAUUAAACAAAUAAAUAUUUUUUCAAAAAAUAUUUUAUUUUUAAAAUUAAUCGGUUAAUUGAAAGUUAAUAGAGUUUAUUAGCAAGUCAAUUUUUAGUUUUUUAUUUUCAUUUUUAAACGACAUUAAUGGAGGAUAUGUGUGAAUAUUACUACCCUACUGCUACCAUCAUUUAUUAAUAAUUCAACUGGGCGCGGGCAAUGGCAUGAUGAGCAAUUAAAAAUACAAACGUUGAGAGGGAUUCGCAGGCUAGUUUCCCACUACAGCUUUUAUUACAGAGGUGGCCAAACUGCGGCUCGCUUUUUAUCGGAAGAUACAAAAUAUUUUUACAAAAAAACAUUUGUUUUUAAAUUUUAACAUAGUUUUAGUUAUUAAUUAAUAUCUUAUUUGUUGCGUGUUCAAUUUUUUUGUAAAUUUUUUGAAGUUAGGAUUGUACGUUAUUCGAGCAGUCUUUAACAAUUCCGUUAAUUGAUCAUUCGUUAAAAUUAAGCGAUAUUAGAAUUUUAUUAUUUUUAUUGUUGAGUAUAAAGCCUCGUAAGAAUAUGUUGUUUCGAAAAUCGAUGUUAAUUUUUGAACGCAAAGAGUAAUUUUUGGAUUUUUAUUAAUGUGCACAUGUUUCCGAAAUUCCAACAAAGAAUGACAACUGUAUUUGAACUGCUUCAGUUCUUCAUCUUUCAAUAAUUCUAAGAGUUAAAUUUCUAAAGCUACUGUGUCCAUUGAAAUCGGUUUUAAUAUUGGACAUCCAUUUUUAAUAACAUUAACUACAAAUGGAUUUUCUAAAAAUGCAAUCGAAGAUAUAAGUAUUUUUAAGUUUUUAAAUCGACCUUUAAAGUCAGUUGAUAAAUACUUAAUUUAUGUACAUAAUAUUCACAAUUAAUUUUUGUUUCAAAUUCAAUCUGACAUUUACGUUAUUAUAUUAUUUCGCAUUCUACACAUUUUAUUACAUUUGAUAUCUUAUAUUAUUUACGAUAAUCAUAUCUAUACAUUAAUAUGAUCUUUUUUUUUCAUUUCGGCUCAUCCGUAUAUAUUAUUAUAAUGGGCGGCUCGCUAGUUUCUUCUCGCUGGCCACCUAUGUUAUAUAUUAUUCCUGGCUUAGAAUCUAUGGGUAGAAGUUUGGGUGGGAAGUGGUAACAAACAUAUAUCCAUACAUUCAAACAUACUUAUAUUGCAUCUCUAUACUGCUCGACGAGUACCUUAUAGAUUAACUAUUGUAACCUUGAAUUUGUAUAAAUUUUGUAGAGAUAGAUUUAUGAUUUUUCUAAAAUAAUAUUGAUAUUAUUCUGGAUAGUUAAAAUCAUUUUUAUUAUAAUUAUGCAUGUAAUACUGAAUAAACGUAUAGACAAUGUAGCAUACAAUUAACGUAUACCUCCCGGAAAUUUACGGUACCUACAUGCAAUGCAAUUAUAGAUUCGUAAUAAGGUUCAAUAUUUAAAAAUAAAAAUGAUUCAUUUAUCGUAUAAAUAAUGACUUUUAUACAUGUGAAUAUUGAUUUAUUGAAAUUAUAGGUGGGUACUGGUACAAAUAAUAACACUGAUCAACUGAUAUAAUAUCUGAAACAUAUCAAAUGCGAUAAUUAGUUACCGCCUAGUUAGUAAUUUCUUUCUUAUCAGUUAAAAUUGUUGAUUGGGCAAUCGGUACAUGUUCCGCUUAUGUAAUUUAUAUAUCUGGGUAUAUUAAUUAAUGUGUAAUUUUUUUACAAUAUACGUUCCUAUUCUAGGUUCAUUCUCGAAAUUUAUGUAGUUAGGUUUUUGUUUUCUCUAAUGAAUUACACGGUUUAUGUUGAAAAAAUUUAUGUUGUUGCAUAAUAAACAAUUUAUGUUUUUGUUUGCAGUGACGUUACACAUCGAUACAUUGUGUUCUCUCUGGUGUUUUAUAUAUUUUACAGUAGUACGUUAUUCGUUGGUACCUAUACGUAUAAAACAAUAAUUUGUAUAAUAUUGUAUCCCUAUUAUGAUAACAAAACUAUGAAUGGUAAGUUUGACUACUUCGAUAAAUAGUAUACUCUUUAGGUUAGUGUUCAAAAAAGUUUUUAAUUUAGAAUUUUCCUUAUGUCUAUAUAUUGUGUACUAAUAAAACGACUUAGCCUGUGAGUGAUUCACAGACAAAUCCUUCGUACUCAGCUAGGCCUGAAUAUUUUAAUUCAGAAGCAGUCAGUAUGAGUCAGUAUGUACCUCGAAGCCGGAUUUCCGAAAUUCAACCCCUAGAAGGUGGCUCACCUAGGGUUUUUAAUAUUUUUGGUACGAAUAUUAAUUUUUUUUUUAUUUGUUGUUUACCUUGGUGACAUUGGUGAAAAAAAAACAGCUAUUACUCGGAGACACAAUUAAUUUUAUUCAUUUCAAUUUUUAAAAGGAUUUUUUUUUUGAAGUUCUACUUCUAAAUGGUUAACAAAGGGUGAAUAAAAUUGGCUCGGUUAACGCUAGUUAUAUGAUAUUUUUAUCUUUAAAACUGUAUUAGUGUAAUAAUUUGUGCAUUUUCCAUUAAAAGACUAAUUAGACGAUAUACAAAAAGGAUAGUACUUUUUCUCAUUAAUUCACUAUUUAAAUGGGUCAACUAUUCGUGUCAAUAUUGUGUUAAUUAUUCAAUACAUGCGGUAUAUAAUUUUAUAACUCUUAAAUUAUAACAUAACUAAAACACCUACACAUUCCUACUAAAUAUUAAUUUUAAAUAAAUAGUAAAUACGAUUUACCGAACACCUAAAAUUACAAUUUCCAAUAUUGAAAAUGUGUUUAUUAAAAUGUAUUGUUGUCAUUGUUGUGAACGUUACUGUAGCGUUGCGAUUAAUUUACACAGACACCUAUAGCCAAUAUAUUAUUUACUUUAAUGUUAUCAUAGAUUUUAGAAUAUACUUUAUUUUAGCAUAUGCUAUACUCUAAAAUCAAUGGUAUUAUUAUGUUAAUAAUAUUACCAUGACAAAUUUUAUUCAUUUUAAUUCUGUUUACGUAUUUUCGCAUUUUUCGAGCGGGAACUUUUUAUGUAUACGUAAAACAACAUUCAUAUAACUUCAGAUAAAACUCAAGGCUGAAUAACUGGCUAAUAAUAAUUUUACCUGCUUAUACCUAAUAAAAAUGUGAUUGUUUUUGACGUUUUUGUGUUGAUUUUAAGUCCUAAUAAGUACAAUUUUCCAUAAACGUUGUAAAGAAUAUAUCGUUUUAAUCUGUAUAUACGAUCAGGAAGUCUAAUUACAAAAUGUCUACAUAAAAUUACGUCUACUACCUACACAUAAAACAAGUUUAGUUAACGAAGUGUCUAUUGUUAUUUAGCACACGUCUAUGAUACAAUAUAACAAAAUAAUAAUAAUAAUAAUAACAACAACAAUAAUAUUUAAUAUUAAUAAAAGUUUUGUUUGGUAAGAUUUCUUAGUCAAGUUUCAAAUUUGUUUUUUAUAUACAUAAUAUUAUACGUCAUACCAAUAAAUAAUUCAGUCAGAAUUAAAUCAAUAUAAUUUUAAUAGCAACGUAUACAAUUAAUUCCGUGAAAUUUUAGUAUUUUGUUUCCCAUACUUGUUCAUAAUUACUAUGAUUAUUAUUUUCAACUUAAAAUCAGAAAAGAAGAAUGUGUAUAUAUAUUCUUGUAGGUCAUCUGAACUUAGAGAUAUUAAAUAUAACCGCAGUGUAUAUAAUAUCUAGUUUAUAUUUCGAUGAAGAUAUUCAGCUAUUAACUGGACACAAAAUAAUGUACCAUCUAAUUAAAAGGUCAUAUCAAAUAAACUCAUUAAAAGUAAAGAUAAUGAAUGGAAAAUACCAGGAAUACAAGGAGAGAGAUGAACUAUAUUUUCGAGAACUAGGAUAUAGACUUAAAAUAUACGCUAAAGUAAUUAAAGAUGAUUUUAAAAAUUAAUAGAAAUAAGAUGUUAUUUAAAAUAUUAUGAAAUAAAUAUGAUUUAAAAUAUCUAAUAUUGAAUACAUUUCAUUAAACAAUCUAUAUGUACUAACUGUAGACAUAUUUUAUAAUAGAAGUAUCUACUAACAAUAGAUAUUUUAUAGUAGACCAAAAAAUUUGAUAUUCAAUGUGGUAGCAGCGGUGGCUUUACUGGGGUAUAAACAGUGCUACCAGUUAUUCGUUAUUACAAAAUACCGCGUAUUUUUUGACGUUUUUAAAAUUUUAAGUCAUAUUUUCCUUUUUUAGUUUAAAUUCCGCCAAUUACAAUAUUUGAGAACAUUUAUUUUUUUAACAAAAUAAAGAAACAUUUUUUUUUUUAAAAAUUGUUUUAGGCAAAUAGAACUAUUAAAAAAUCAAUCAACUUCAAAAUCAAAAUUCAAAUUCAAUCAACAUUUUUAUAAUUUUUGUAUUAAAUAAAUACAUUUUUAUGCAUAUAAUAUAUUAAUAUCAAUAUAAUUAUAAAAAUUAAAUUAAAAACUAUCUUAAGUUCAUUUUAUACUAUAUUUUUCGACAUUCUAAAUGCAUUUUUUAAGGUUUUUAACACAUUAAAUUUAUAGCCCUAGUCAUUAUUAAUAUUUGCACAAAAAGAUAAAGAUUGAAUGUAAAUCGCACCGUUACAUGUCGUUAAAUUUAUAAUAUACUGAGACGAUAAGAAAUAACAAUAAAUAACUACGUUAAAUAAUAUUGAGUUUUUUAUUCAAUACUAAAAUACAUUAAGAAAGAAAAAAAUCAAUGUUUUUUUGUAAAUAUUAAAUAUGCAUGAUACAAGUAAAAAUAUGAGAAAAUCGAUAAAAUUGUAUUUUUUUUCUAAAAUUAACGAAAUAUGCAAAAUAUGCAUAUUAAAUGUUUGAUUUUUAAAUUCUUUAUUGAAUAAAAAGAAUUAUUUUAGUUUGUUCUGCUAUAAAUCCAGUGCAUACAGAUAAAUAUGCAACUCCUAUAAAUUCCGAGCCUUACUUAUUAUUAAUCAGAUUGCUUCUCGAUGCAUCGGAUGAUUAAUCUACAAUUUAGACGGUGUUUUAGCCGAUGGAAAUGUGUUAUCAUAAUUAAGUGGUUUUAUCACCAUUUAGCCACACAGUUUUUUUUUCGGUUUUCAUUAAUUGUUCAUGUUCAUUGUUUCGUGUUUAUUUAUUCAAUUAUUUUGUUUUAAUACUAAUAACAACAAACACUUUUUAAAUUUAUUUUUGUUAUUGUUCUUUUUUAUGUAAUUUAUUGUAAUAAAUUUAACACAAUGUUACACGAAAAAUCUCUCAUAUUGAAUAUAAUUGUAUUAAUAUAAUUUAUUUAAUUUUUAUAUUAUUAACAAAUAAUUAUUUGAAUUCUAAAAUAACAUGAUAGAGCGUUCUGCGUUUUAAUAUAAAUCGGUGUUCCCUGACUUUCAAUCAGACGAGAAAUCCGAUGUUUCAUUUGAUUGAUAAUCGAGUUUAUCGAGGAACACACGGUAUGUUUUAGCCCAUACCAUAUUAUAAAUAUGAAUACAAAUAUUGUAUUAUUUAUUAGAAAAGAGUAGUUUGUUAAAUGUGCACCAAAUUUUAAAAAUAAUUUAUUAUAUAUACUUUUUUCUCCAGAAAUUUGAAUUUAUUUAGGUUAAAACUUCCGUAUAGGGAAAAAUGUCGAAAUACAUAAGCAUAACUAAGUAUUAAAAAGUAUCCAAAAGAAAACAAAUCUUUUGGCUUAAUAACUUGUUUUAAACUAAUAAAAUAUUAGGUAUUUUUCGUUUGUAAUAUUUAAUUAUUGGCUUGAUUAAAACAUUUUUUUUCCUAGUUUCCGUUAUAAAUAAUUGCGCACCUAAUUAACUAGGUAUAGCUACUGUUUAAUAAGUGAAGUUCAACUAAUAACCAAUAAUUCUUGGUCAUAAUAUUAGUAAUAUUAGUAAUAUUAGUAGAUAUUGGAUAGAUGAAUAGAAAAUAAAAAUUGCAUAGUAUAAAUAGUUGCUCUAAAACUCGGGUUGGAGGUUAAAUUGUAAUUUGUGUCCUCUAUCUUAUCAAGUGUCCUUUUGGAAGGGCGUUUGUCUUCUUAUCGCCCCCUCCUUUAAUAUGUUACAUAAUUUAAUAUAAAAUAAGAUUAAGGUAUUAUGGAAAACGUUAUUAAACGAACAAACUUCAAUAACGAAAACGGAAAUAAAUUAUACUAUAACACAUAUAGUUAAAAAAUAAAAUAGUCCUAUUACUCUAUGGCAGUGCUUUUUAAUAUUUUUCAAAAGACGAACACUUAAUAUUUUAUAAGAUUUUCGUGGAUCACAGCCGUAAAAUAAAAUCGUAUUUAUACGAAUAUACAUUUUUAAAUUUUAUAAUGUAUUAAACAAUGCACACUUAUUCUAAAUCCACGGAACACCGGUUAAGAACCACUGCUCUGUGGUGAUAAUAAUUCUGUUAUCGAAAAGUGGUAAUUCUGAUAACUGAUAAGUGAUAACUAAUUGUGUAUAAUUAAUAGAGCUGGUUAUUAUUUUUUGGUUUGUGCGAUUUAUAGUGCUACAAUUUUCCGCUCUAUUAUUAGUCAUUAUCAUAGACUUAUACAUAUAGACAAGACAUUCAGCAAGAAAACGCGUUCUGUUGAGUGGAGUUUCAUUUCAAGGAUAGAAACAUGCGUAAGAUAAUAAACGUAGUGUUUUAAUUGGCUGUCCUCGGCGUGCAAAUUUGUUCUCUCUCACACUAUGCUUUAUAUCAGCCUAUCUCUCUUGAUCUGUUCGGACCGACCACGCCUUCUUGUUCUCGGGGUGAAUGUUCCAUCUAGAUGUAUAGGUCUAUAGUUAUUGCAUAGGCUCUAUGCAUAUAGAUUAAUUUGGAAAGAUCUGGAUGGUGGCGGAUGAUGACUAAAGUAUAUGUCAAUAUUCCAAUAUAUUUAUAUAUUCUACAAUCAUAAAUUAUUAUUAUUAGGAAACAGUUGAAAUAAUGAUUCAAUUGGAUGUAUAGUAGAGAGUAGAUUAAAUAUUGUAAACUUAAAAUAGACGUUAUGUACCAAUGGCAUCAUGGAGUUAUGUGUAUGUAUAAAAUAUAUCUCAGGUAAUUGCCUAGGCUUUAGGCAAAUUAGGUUCAUAUUAGACAUUCUGAAGAUAUAAGUUGGUUAGAGUGUGACAAGAAACGUGGAAAGGAAUAUGUAUUUCCAUAUUAAUUGAAAGUUGUAAAGUUGUUUAGAUUACAAAGGUUGAAAAAAAUACAAUAAAUUAUGUAUAGACGAUAGGUAUUAUAAACAAUUAUACUCUAUAGUAAAUCUAAUUUAAUUUGCGUGGGAUAUUAUGAUAAUAUUAUACGUAAUAAUAUAAUAAGGAGGUCUGUGUGAAAAAUAAUCACGUAUUAUAGCUGUAAAAAAAAAUAAAAAGCGUCUAACAAUUUAAUGAUACGUUUUUUUUUUUAUAUAUUUAUAUUCCUUUUAUUUAUACGUGUAUUAAUUACCGUUAUUGAAUUACGCGCUUUUGUCAUUGAAAUAGUUUUAUUGAUUUUUGUUUAGCGUAUAAAUUAUUAAAUUAUACAUAUCGUAUAACUUAUAUUUGUUUGUUAAAACAAUAGGUACCUAUAUAUAUUUAAAGGAACGCUUAGAUAUAACUAAAGGUAUUUGUGUAGGUACUCAAUCUGAUUAUGUCUGUAAAAAUGUAAGAAAUUGCUGAUUGUUAUAUAAAUAUAACAGUACAGAAAAAAAUUUCGGGGAGGGAGUUACUUAGUAUUUUUAUCCAGUUUUUGUUAAGCUAGAAUAAUUAUUACCCAUUAUUUUAUGAUUCCCUUAUACCUUAAUCAUUUAUUAUUUAUACCCUCUUAGUUUUGCAACGUAAAGCUAAAAACAGAGUUUGAUAUAGUCGUGUAAGAGAAUAUAUGAAUCACUAAUUUCAGAAAGGGGAGCAUGUCCCUAAAACUUAAUUUUAUAGAAGGCCCAAAAAACUGUCUAUGCAAGAUAGAGAAGCAACUAGGCGCACAAAUGCAUAAAUCGCAUUAUUAUCUAUAUUUUUUAAAAUUAAUCAUCUUAAUAUUUUCUAAAAUUUAAUAUGAACAUUGGCAGCCAUUUAAAGUUGUUGAACAUGUCCCUUUCUGCAUUUAAAAUACAGAGAUGGUAAUGAAAAAUUAUUUAUUUCUUUAAGCAAUUCGGAAGUGUAAUUAUUUAGUUAUUUAUUUAAUAUUAAAGUUUAUUAUUUAAGUAACUAGUGAUUUGGCCACUCGUAAUUUUUUCCCGGAAUCUGGAAACAGAAUCCUUUGGAAUGUGGGGUUUCGUGCGUUUCAAAUUAUUCCUUUUUGAAUUCAUUAUGGUAAUAUUUUGAGUGUACAGCUGCUUUUUGGGUAACCUGAUUGGCGAAAUAUUUUUUUAUUUUUUUUUUAUAAUUCACGUUUAUUUUAAAAUCCAAAAGAUUGAAUAAUAUUUUUAAUAACACAAACUUAGAAAUAGAUCGACCAAAAAUAACAUUAAUAAAUAAUGGAUGAAAAAUUGUUGGCUGUUGAUCAUAAAAUAUGAACAAAAAUCUAUGAGUGACUUAUUUAUACUAAAAUACGUUGUCAUAGUAAUUUAUAAAGAUAUUUAGCUCAGAAAGGAGACAUUGUCUUGGACUUGUUCUCUUUCUGCACUAAACACCAACUUUAGCUAUUGAUAUUUACGUAAUGGGUUGAUGAACUAGUCCCAUUUUUACAUAAAAUAUGUACCUACGAGUAUUCACGGUAAAUAAAUAUAAAUCCGAUGAUAAUUUAAUUUUGUUAGAAAUUAGAUAACGGACUAGUCCCAAUUAGUUGCAAUUAGUGAUUCAUAUAUUGUACAUAUACAAUAUAAAACAAUAUAUUUUAUACUAUUACUACUACUAAUAAAAUGUAUUAAUAUAACGAAUUUAUGUGAACUGCGCUACAACAAAGAUAACGGGGGGAGGGGCACGUGUCCCCAUUGCUCCCUCUGGCUAUGGCACUGAAGUAUACUGUAUUUAAUGAUGAACACUAUUUAAAAAACUUGAAUUAGGUAUCAAUUAUAAUAUUUAUAAUACAAUUUUGAAACUAGAUAUUAUGGUUGUUUAGAUUCUUUUCUAAGAUAUGUUGAAAUUGAUAUUUUUUAGAUUCUGAGAACAGCAAGCAAUAUUAUAUAGUAUAUAGGUUAGAUAUUUUAUAAUGUGUGCCAUUUUAUGUUUUUCUGUAUAUAAACAAUUUUUCUUCGAGAAAUCUCCAAUCUCCAAUCAUAAAAGAGAAGAUAGCUUUUUGACAGCAUUUCGUAUCUAUAGUUAUAGUGUUUAGUUGUUUUUUGAUUUUUCCUUGUAGUCAAACUAUAUUAUCUAAUAAUUAUUGAUACAGGGAUCAUACUAGUUAAUAUUCUUAUAUUAAUAUAUACUAUACUUAUUAUAUAUUAAGUAUAAAGAUAAGGACAUUUACCUGGUAUAUAUUAAUAAAUAUAUUACUGACCAUUAAAUAACUAUUAAUACUACCUUUUCAAUUUUCCACCUACAACAGCGGUAACACUUAUCAGUAGUAUCAGCUCUUUUUUUAAAACUUUUAUUCUCAUCGUAGUUAAAAGUAAAACUUAAGGUACAUUUUUGAAAAAAAUACAACCAAGUUUCUAGUAAAAUAUAUUAUUAUAAUUUAUAGCAUAUCACUUUUAGAUACUAAACGUAAUUUAAUUAAAAUUUUAAUGCUAAUUUUCUUUCAUUAAUAUUGGGAAUAUUGGAUCGACUAUUUUAAUAUUCAUUCAAAUAACUAAAUACAUUGAUAUUAGGAAUUUAUUUAAUUAUUCAUGUAUAUCUAACCAUUAUUAUUGUUAAAUUUUAUAUUCGAUGUGUUUAAUAUAAUAUAUUGUUGUUCCCAAACUCGGCCGUUUAUAAAAAUAAAAUAAAAUAAAAUAAAUAAAUAUGAAUAUUAGUUCGUUUCAUUUUAUAUUUUAACUAGCCGUCUCACUUGACGUUGUCCAUGCCAAUUUAAUUUGUCUUUUUUUUUUACUAUGGUUUAAAAACAGAAUUAAAAAAAAAAAAGAGCUGAUACUGGGGAUGAGAGCGACCACGUUUGUAGGACAAAAGAUGUUUACGAGCUAAGUUCGGUAGUACAUUAUUUGAAGCGCCGUAAUUUUUUUUUUACGAUUUUCGUUUGAAUUUGAUUUCAAAACGUUAAUUAAAAAAAAUUCGUCUGAUGAUUUUAAAAAUUUUACAAAGUCUAUGCAAGUCUAAUAAAAGUAUUAUUACUAAUUUUCAAGUCUCUACGUGUACGUAUAACUAAAUUACAGCAAAAAACUCAAAAAUUAAAAUUCCUUAAAAGCUCAAAAGAGUUGGUGAUAAUACCGCAAUAAAGUAAAUUAAAAAGCCAACAAAAAAGGUAUCUUGUAAUUUUUCGAUUAAAUCAUUUUAUCUGGUAGAAAAUAUCGUCCGUGUUUUUAUAAAAUUACAAAAUCGUGAAAUGGUAUGUUUUUUUCCCACAAAAGUGCUUUUAUUUAAAAAAUAGCGUAAAAAAUCAAAAAAUAACUACUCUAAAGUACAAUCUAGAUAACUUUAGCUUUCAGAAAAGUUGCUACACGUACAAAAUUAGAGCAAGUUUACUUGAAAAAAACGUGUCCACACUCUAGAACAAAGAAAAAAAAAAUAAACAUCUUAGUAAAACCAAUAGCUCACUCGCUAUGCUCGGAAUCUAAAAGUCCAUUUAUAAAUCGAAAUUAAUGAAAGCAAUUCAAUUUAACGUGUCUGUGUGUCUCAUUUGUUUUUCUUUUUAUUUUAUCGAUGUCACAAAGUUAACACAGAAAUUAUUAAGCAUAUAAAUUUUAAUUUUCGUAUUAUUUAAUACAACAAAUUCUGCGUGAGCCACCCUUUUAGGUUGAAUUCUACAAAUCCGCUUCUGUAUGGGUAUUUUCAGUCUUCUGCGUUUGAUAAAUUCGGCUGUGGAUCCUACUCUGACAUGGACGCAUGUAAAAGCACGGGAUGUAUUUGUACGGAAUUUGGGUUUCCGGAAUUUUUAUUUUCAAACCGUAUUAGUACGGAUUACAUGUUUCCGGAUUUAUUUCAACUGCAAAAAUAUUAAAUAAAGGCGACUGUAAUAAUGGCAAUAUAGCUUCUUAGAGCUACUAAUUUCAUAAGUUGUCAAAAAAAAAAUCCGAAAAAAUUUGAUAUUUUCCGAGAUAAUGAGUGUCUUAUAGAUUCUAUAAUAUAGAUACAGUCUGUAUAGGGUUUAUUAAUAAGUGAUCGGGACUAGCAACGGUACGCGUAACCUAAACUAUAUUUUUUCUACGAAAUCCAGUUCUUAAUUAUGGAUCGGAAAUACCUGUUUUCCGGAAUUAUACGGUCCAUGACUAUACUUUUUUUUCCGAAAACAUAUAAUCCGGUUUAUAAGGUUUCCGGUAAAAUACAGUCCGAAUGUUUACAAUUCGGGAACAUACAAUCCGUACAAAUACGUUUGUACGUUUUGCAUAUAUUUUGAUUCCAGGUUUUUACGGUCCGUGACUAUACGGUUCACAAUUCACAAUUCCGAGAUUUUCAGCUUUCCCUCUGACACACUAACACUUCUUUUUUUAUUAUAGAUAAAGUUACAUAGGUAUUAGACGGUGGAAGACAUAAGCGCCAAAAUCAGAUAAGUAAAAAAAAUCGUAUCGUACAAAGGCGCCAAAAUCCUAGAUACCUGUGUGCCACGGUUAAUAGAUCAAUAUUGUAAUAGAUUUAUUUAUUAACCCUAUCUGUGUGAUAUUAAAUUUAGAACUAUAUAAUCGUUCAAAAACUCCAAAGUUUAAUUGACAAAUUUAUUAUCUGAUAUUUUUAAAGAUCGAAAAAAUCAAUCGAUUUAUUAAAAUUAUAUUUAUUUUCAUUUAUUUUUAUAUAUGUAUUAUCGAUUAUUUUAAAUACCUACUUGUAUAAAAUAUAUGAAAUAUACAUUUUGGUGCAAAUUAUGCACUUAUGUCAUAUAGUAGUAUUAGAAGCUUGCACGGAACGACAGUUCUUGGCCAGGUUAUAAAAUGAUUUUACUCAGCCCAGCUAUUUUAGACGUCUAUAAAAGCUCGGUCCGGUUUAAAAGCCUAACCCGGCCCGAAUUUUUUUUUAUAAUGUUCAAAUAACUAUAUUAGGCUGAUCGUAUUCUAGUAAGCAUAAGCGUACAUGAUCUUUGAAAUAAACCUUACACAAAAAUCAUAGACACAAAUAGUCCAAAUAUUUUUGGAGGGGUGGGGCUUAAGCCCACAUUAUAUUGUAUAUAUAUAUAUAUAUACUUAGAAUUUACUUGAUGAGAACUUUAUUUUGGGUGUUCAGUUGAGUAUUCUGGGGAGGGAACCAAAAUCCUCUAAAAGGCACCUACCCUUUUGCGCCAAUGCAGAAAAACAAGGGUUGGUUGGGCUUAAAUAUUUAAGAACAAAUUUUUAUCUAACAUAGAUUUUUUUUUAAAAUAUUUUAGUGGCAAAUCUUGUAUUGGAGGCAAUCAUUUCUUCUGCUUCCCCCGUGCGGUAUUAGGUUUAAAAUAAAAAUUUACGAAAUGCUCUGCAUGUUUUUGUAAAAAAUCUAGACCGAGCCGAUCCGCAUGUAUUUGUAAAAAAAAAAAAUACUGCCUGGCUCGGAUUUAAAUUUAAAGAACUUGGCUCUUGCAGGUCUUUCUGUUUAUGUAAUAUAAUUUAUUAUGUUUGAACCUUUUAUUCUGAUAUUUUCAAAAUAUAUUAUAAUAUUAUAUAUAUAAAAUUUUAUAAAUUAAUAAUAUUGUUGUUUUUGUUUUUGAAAGGCAUAAUAUGCAACAAUAUGUAACCUAAUUUAUAACCUAACCUAACAUUAGGGAUACUGAAUCCUGUAUUGAGUUUAUAAAUAGUAAAUGUAUUCAUACAUAGUUACCAUGGACUGUUUAUCAAAUGUCUGUCAUCGUGUGUUUAAAAUUUAACUCUUCACGUCACAAAUGAUUUAAAUUAAACUUGAUAUAUUUUUUCGUAUGGACUUACGUUUGGUAUACCAAACAAUAAACGUACCAACUGGAAUUCGAUUGUAUAUUUAUUGUAUGUAAAUAAUUCUUUUUACUUACCCAAGUCUUUGUAUGCGAUGAUUUAAUUUGUCCUUGACUUGAGCUGGUUCCAACGAAUGAUUAUUUUCAUUAUUGUUUUGCUCAAUGUCUGCUAUUAUUGUACUUAACGUAUGACAGUACAUAGUAGACUAAUUAUUACACUCUAUAUAGUAUUCAAGGAUUUUCUUUAAAUUUGUUCAACUGCUAAAUAGUUUAUUGUUUAGUUUUCACAUACGAGUUGUGGAACCGUGUUUGCUAAAAUAUUUUACUUCUUUUAAUUGUUUUUGUCAGCACAUUUAUUUAAAAUUGACCAUUAGUCAUGAGCAUGACGUAUACGAAUUGAAAAGCUACCUCGAUUCGCCUGAAAUAAAAAACCUUAAAUAUCUAACUACAAUGGAAUCAACGUCAACACGCUUACGUUUUAUUGUUAUUAUCUUUAAAUUGCAUUUUAUACAGAGUUAUUUAAAAUUUAAACAAUAUAGUAUGUAUCAUGUUAAAAAAAAUGAUUAAGUUUUGAACCAACCGUGCCUACUAUCUUCUAAGGGAAAUUAAAUAUUGCGUGAUAAUCAUACAGCAUGUAACAUGUAGCGUACGAGCACGAGUCAAUGUUUAAUUGAAUGUACUAUUUUAAAAUGGAAACACAACCCGAGUAUAAUAAUUACAAAUUUCAUCAUAGAAAUUGUAUUAAAAAUAUUACUUUUUCCAGAAGAUUCAAGAAAUAUAAUAUAAUUAGUGCAAAUUAGUGCAGCUAUUUAAGAAUCAAAAUUUGUCCGCAUAACAUAGUUAAGUUAGUUUCUACGCAAAAUGUUGAAAUACACACUAGUUAAUAAAUGUCUAUAAAUACUGUUCUAAAAAUAAAUAAACUCAGGGUAAAUUUAGGGAUUAUAAUUUUAAACAAAAAAACUGAAUAAACACUGCGCAUUCAAAAAUUUUUGUAAAUAUAUUUCAGACUAGUCUUUUAUUCAAUUCGGUUAAGGCACCGUUUAUAUUUAUAUGGUAUUGUUUGAUUAUCACAUUAAUAUUUAUAAUUUAUAUUAAAAUAAUAUUAUAAUGUGAUAAUAAGUAAUAAUUAUAAACUAUUGCAUUGCCUGUUACCAGAAAAUAAUUAGGUAUCUGUUUUAAUAUAUUGUUAUAAUAAUUGAAAUUCACUAUUGAUAGCUGUUACGAAAAACAACCCGGACAUACGUAAAUAAUUUGCUCAUUUUAUAGCAAUAUAUUUGAAUAUAUUCGAUCAGUAAAUCUGAUUAUUUAGAUUAUAUAUAUAUAUUUACAUAUAUUACAAUGUUAUAGAUUAGAAUUCCGAUCGAACAACGGUAUUUUCUUUCUCUGUUUAAUACGUAAUAUCAUAGCAUCCACACAGUGAAGUGAUACCAAUUCUGAAAACCCAUUUUAAAUUAACAUGAACUGUACACGGGAUCUAGUGGGCUAUUUAAGAAUAGAUAAUAACUUAUAACUAACUAAUCCUAAUAACUAUACGUAUAAACAAUGUUUAGAAUUUUUGAUCAAGCGUUAUUUUAUGCAAUGUGUGCAAUAAUUAAAUUAUUUAUAAAAUAAUUUAUUUGCAUACAGGUUAUUUAUUUUCUAACAUUAUGUUGAAUUUAUUCAUUUUUGUCGACAUAUCCUACCUUCUCAACUUCCACCCAUAACAAUGGCACAUUUGUCAUUGGUAAUAACUCUUUUUAUUUAGUAUGGUUUGUAUAUAAAAUAUAUAUAUGUUAAUUUCAUAUCCAUAAAGUAGGUGAUCCACGAGUAUAACAACUACUAAUAAAAAUCAUUACGGUAGCCUUUGUAUACCUAGAUGGAAAUUACCUGUUUUAUGGUAUUGAUAUCUACUACCUACUAUGCAUUAAUUAUUUUUUUAUAGUUUAGUAAGGCUAUAGUUCUCAAUAUAAAAUUGAAUGCCAUAGGAAGUUAAUGAGGAAAGCUAUGAAUACCAUAAUUAUGACGGUUAAACAGUAUUUAAUUUAUAGAUAGGAAAUAUUAAAUAUUAGCAUGUAUACCUUGCAUUGAUAUAAAAUACAUUUAGUUGUAGACAAAAUGUUCAUAUUUUGUUAAAGUUUUACAACUUAUAAUUUGUUUUCAUUUUUGUUUUUUUUUAGAUUAAAAAUGGACGCGGGUUUUAAAGAAGAGCGGCCUCCACAUCCCAGAGCCAGUGCCAACUUUUUCGAAAUCUUGACAUUUGGGUAAUUAUAAGAAAAAAAAAAAACAUUAAUUUAGGUGGAUCAGUAAAAAUAGUUCAAAAAGCAUUUAAAUUGGCAUAAAUCAAUGAUUUCAUUAAAUAAAAAGUCAUAAUAACAAAACAAACAUCGUAUCUUGAAUAUCUCUUACGAAAGGUCAUUCUUUCAUUUUUUACCCGAAAAGAAAAAUAUACUUUAUAUCUUUAUAGGAAAAAUAGCUGAUAUGUUGCCAAAAUAUAUUUACUAAAUGCAUUUUUUUUUAUAGGUAUUAAUAUUUUAGUCAGGUAUACAUAAAAUAUUAUUUUAUUUCGAUACCUGUUACAAGUUACAUAAAUAGUUAAAAUAAAAUUAUCUUUAUGCAUGGACAAUUUCUAUUUAGUUUUUGUAUCUUUUACCCAACCUAUAUAACUUCAAAAUGCACUAUUCGAAAUUUGAAGUUAGUUUUCCCCAUGCUAUUUUUUCACUUACCCACGUGUGAAAUUAAAAUGUUUCUUUUUAUAUAUAAUUGUGAACAAAAUAAAUUUAUCGAAAAGAUCGGUUCGUUCGGAACCCUUAUACACUAGACACUCUCACAUUCAACUUUGCUUAAAGUAUACACUUUCGACACUUUUUCAACUGUUUGAAAGACGUAUCCAUUACGUGAAAUAAACAUUUUCAUUCACGUGUUCAAAUAAUUAAGACUUUUGUAAUGUAUUAUUUUAUGUCCUCCUGUCUGUUAAAUUAAUUAAAUUUUGACCUAAUAUUUGUUAUUUUUGGGACGUAUAUUAUGUUUAGAUCCUUUGGAGAUUCUUAAGAUUAUAUCCAUUAGCCAUGAGUUAUGAAUACGAAUUUUAAUACACGUGACUUAUCGCUAAUACAAACCAGAUAUAAAAAAAUUAGUUUGUAUAGAGCUCGGAAGUUAAAGCUUAAUAAAACAUUGUAAAAUAAAGUAAAAAAGCAGUACAAAUUUUAAAGGAAAAAUACUAAUAAUUAUUUUAAAAAUUAUUUAUUUGAUUACUAAUUUUGUAUUUAAUUUAAUAUAUAAUUUAUUAUGAUGAUAAUUUAUAAAAAAGAACGGACAUACUUCACACAAUAGGUGGUCCAUUGUUGUAGAUGAGAAGUUAGAAAGGUGAGAUAUAAAGGGGAAUUUAAUGUAUAUCUGUAAGCAAAAAUUAAUCAUCGCUAAUGAAUAACAAUUCUGAACGGAGCUCGGUUAAUACUUAAUACUAUUGCUUUUUAAACAAUAUAUAUGUUAUGUUACGACGGAUUGGGUCUCUGUAGGUGCACCCAAAAUGUAUUUGUUUUCCCUGUUAUAUCUACUCAACGUGGUUUUGCAAAAAAAAAAUUUGGAACUCGGAUUUGAACUUGUGAUCUCUGGAAAUGACAACAGAUACGUACUAUCACUAAACUACGACAUACUGUAAAGUUGAUAGUAUUGAGUUUUUUAAAAUAAUGCAUAUAAUAUCAAAACUUCAAAAAUAAUCUUGAAACUAAGUUAUUCCGCUCAAUUCUGAAUUUACCAUUGUUCUGAAAUCGGCAAUAUACAUGUAUUCAAAGCAACAACAAAAAAAAAAAUUUAAAAAUUUGCAUGAACAACUAGAUUUGUUCCAUAUAAUUUUUACUGAUUUUCGUCAAAAUAUUAUAUUAAAAUUAGUCUGUGAAAAAAAAUACUACACAUUUUUUUGACCUCAAAGUAUGACUAAAUGAACCUCCUGUUAAAUUUUCAAUAAUUUCUGUUUAGUCUAACAAAAAAUAAAAUAUACGAUUUUUCCAAAUUAUGGCACAUCAUGCGAUCUUUUUUAUUGAAAUUUUAAUCUAGUUCAGUAUUUCCUAACCUUUUUUUACUCAACGCCCCUUUUAGAUUGUCAAAAACUCUUAUCGCGCCCUCCCUGAUAAAUUAAAAUUAAAAAUUACAAUUUAGUUUUUAUAACCAGUCAUUUAAUUAAAGUGAAAAAUAAAUAUUUUCUUCACAUUUUGAGCUCGAACAUUUUAUUAUAAUUACAAAUAAAUAUAACUAACAUGCACAUUAAAUUACAUAGCUUCAUGUAAUAAAUGCAAGUAUACAAAAUUGUCGGAAAUAUCUGUAUGGAAAUGGGACCUUUCUCGUUAUUUCGCUGAAUUUCGCUGUUAUUGUAGUGUAUAAAAUAUUUAAAUAAUUAUUUUUUAUUGUACCCAGAUAUACAUUUCAUUGCAAUAAGUUAUGAAUUUGCUAAUAUUGUUUUAAUAAUAUUAUAACUGUUUUUAAUAAUAGCGAAUUAUUUUUAAUAAUGAAAGUCACUGUAGAAUCGCCCUCUUAAGUAAAAAUUCUCCCUCAAAAUUAAAAAAAUCCACAAGGGGUGGUACCGUCCACGUCGAGAAUUACUGAACUAGUUGGUGAACAAGAAAGUCAUUUUUCGAUUAUUUUUUUUUUUUGUAGUUUUUUUUUUUAUAAUUGAGCAAACCGAAAAAAAAUGUUGAAAGUACGAGAAAAUGUACGAAAAUAAUUCUUUUAUAAUUUUUAAUUUUGUUUUUUUAAUUUAAUUCAGUUUAAUAUAUUCAUAAAGGCUUGACAUUUUGAUAGAAAACUUAUGAAACAAUGAUAUGUAUGUAUGAACAAUGUGUGAAACAAAUCUAACAACUGAUCCAUGCAAAUUUUUCAACUUCUUUUGUUUUAAUCAUAUGUACACCUAUUGCUAAUUUAAGAACGAUGGGGAAGUCAGAAUUGAGUGGACUGGCUUAGUUUCAAAAUCAUAGCUUUUUGAAGUUACAAUAUUAUGCAGAUAUACAGGGUGAUUUUUUUUUUAUCAUGAACCAAAAAUUAUUUCAGAAGAUUUUAAGUGAAUUUGAUUUCUGUUUUUUCUAACCAUUAUAAAAUCGUUUAAGGUUUAUUUUAAAACUAUUUUAAUUUUUUUUCUUCUUCUCUCUUAAAUUAGUACGUACUUUUGAUUUUCAAAUAGGAAAUCCCAUCUUUUGAACACAGAUUUAUAUAGAGAAUAUUUUUCUAGAAAUUUUAAUAUGCUUAAAACUAAUAUCAGAUUUACCGUUUAUGAGUUAAAUAAAUCAAUAUUGUCGAUUUCAAUGUAUGUAUGUUAUAAUCAGAUAAACUAGUGGUGGUAUAUACCCGAUGGGGUCUCAAGUUUCGUAAAAAAUGUUUGCAAAAUUACGUUGGGUAGGUAACAGGAAAAUAAAAAAUGAAUUUUGUUUUAAAAAUAAAAUUGAAUAUAAUGUAGUAUUUUUUUUUUUUUAUAAAUUUUUAAAUCAAGUUUUGACGAAAAUCGUAAAUAUUACGGCCUUUUAAAACAUGUACAACCGAAUUUGGCUCCAAAUCAUUUUUCGUUAUCAAUAAUUUACGGUUGGUUACAGGUAUAAAUUAAAUAACUUUAUGUAUCUCACCUUCCCUACUACCAACCUAUAACAGUGACCGCACCCGUCCCCAGUAUUAGUUUUUUUUUUUAUAUGAUUACUUGAGCUGGAAAGAAUAGUUUUUAUUAGUACAUUUAAUUUGCACUAAAUUAGUAUCCCAUUUACUGUUUAUACCAAAAAUAUUUUCUCUUUGUAGCAUAAUUAUUAUUGAUCCUAAAACUUUAUGAAUAUUAAUUAUUAUUUGAUAUUAUUUCACAUUUCUGCUUUUAUUCCCUUUCUUUGAUUACGGUAUAAAGUAAAAUAUUAUGAUCGUCGAAACAGAUUUCAUAUAUAUUUUUAUAAAACUUUUUAAUAUUAUACAAGACACACAAUUUAUUAAAAAUUGUACAUCAGUUAUAUAAAUGUAUGCAAGUUAUUUUAUGUGACGGACCUCGUAAUGCAGUAAAUAUAAUAAGGCACGUGGUUUUAAAAUUUUUGCUAGGACUGUAUAAAAUCAUAUUUUAUUGUUAAUUAAAUUUAUUUUUUCUAAACAUUUUUUUUUAUAUUAUACGAUGACUGUGCACGCACAUGGGUUUUUGCAGGCACGGAUAGAAACUAUCGUGACUGUCGAUCGUCCAAAAUCCUAUAGUCGUUUUUUUCGUUUAAAACUGUGUCACUGUGACAACAAACGAAGAGACUAACGAAUAUUUUUAAAUAUAAAUAAUAGAUAAUUAGGUGUUAUCACUUAUCGCUAAAUGUAUUUGUCUGCUCUAUGGAUAUAAACCAAUUAUUUCUAUGGAUAAUAAACUAUUAUAUAUUUGUGUUUCUAACAGCUAUUACUACUUUUUGAAUAUAUUUAAAUUUGAAUAAAUCGAGUUACCCAAUUAGUUAUAGUUUGAAAAGGUUAAGAUUAUAUCGAUAUAUGAAUAUGAUCUUUUAAAUUUGUUAUUGAUAAGACGUUAAUUAUUUAUUUUUUUAACAAAGUAACCAUAAAAAAAUAUUUCCAAUUGUUUUUUUUUAGUUGUAGAUUCGUGUACAUUUUAUAAUGGCCUAUUGACAUUUUUAUUUGUUCGUACAACAAUAAUAUGCUCAUUACUCACACAUAUUUCAUAGUCCAUUUUAAUUUAUAUGACUUUCAUAUUUUUAUUGGUUUAUAAGUAACAAUAAAACGAUAAUACUUGUUUAUCGUGAAGAAUAAAUUGUGUCGUUUAAUAUAUUUUUCAUUUUAUAUUUUACUAAUAUACUUGUCUAUGUUUCGAACAUAAACCAAUAAUGCUCUAUUGAAGUAUUGAUUUAAUAUAUUUUAAUAUUUUAAUUUACUUAGGGGGUUCAAUCUUUCAAAAGUUAAACAAAUAAAAGUAACAUAUUACUGUUUAAUAAAAUGAUAACCAGUAUAAUUUUAUUAAAAUUAGUUGGGAGGGGGGGGGGUACUGUGUUUUGUUGGAAAAUAUUUUGUCAAUAAAUAUAAUGUCAUAAUAUAACGUGUCUAAAUAACAUUAAUAUUGAAUAACCAUUAAUACUAUUUACUUUACCUAUUAUUAACUCGUACUUAUAAUGUUCAUUGUAUCCAUGUAUUUAAUCAUUACUUUAAUGUAUUUUUGUACUCUUUAUAUCUAUUUAAAGAUAUAAUUUACUUGUAUUCAUUAUCUUGUUACAUCAUUUGUAUUCGUUUAUAUCGAUUUGCAUUUUUGUAUCUUUGUUUAUGUUACUUAUCUAUUCUACAUAUUAUAUACUCUAUGAUCUCGGACGUUUAUAAUUUAAAUAAUACAUAUAAAAUAUAUUUUUUAACUAAAUAUGGUUCCGAGUAAUUAUAUUCUAACAAAAUGCGUUUCCAAUAAAAUACGGUUCCGACAAAAUAAGUUUCCAACAAAACAUAAUGACGUUUCCUAGAAAUACAGUUCAUGGAAAACACGUUCCCGACAAUAUAUAUAUCUGAAAAAAUAUGUUUUCGACAAAUUGUUUUUUCACAAAAAUAUUAUUCUGAACAAAUAUUUUCCAAGAUUUUACGCGUCCCAUUAUUUUGUUAUGCUCAUAAAUUACAAAUCAACUCCUGAAAAAAUAAUAGUAGUAAUAUUAUGUAUUUAGAAAGUAUGUAGUAUGUACUAUGUUAUUAGCUUUAAAUUAAUCAAAGAAAUAAUUUACAUUUUUUUUUCCAUUCAGGUGGACUAUGAAACUUUUCAAAACGGGACGGAAAAGAGAUUUAGAAGUAAAUGAUUUGUAUACAACUCUCAACACUCAUUCAUCAUCAAAAUUAGGAAACGAAUUAGAAAAGUAAAUUUUAAAACAAAAAUAUGAUUGGUUUGUGUUUUAUAAUUUUUUAAAUUGAAUACCUAUAAUUUAAUUGUGUUCGGUUCAAGGAAAUGGAGAUUAGAAUUAGCUAAAGCGAAAAAGUCAAAUCGAAACCCUAGUUUAUUACGAGCCUUGUGUCAAAUGUUUGGACCUAGGUUAAUGAUCUAUGGAUUUUUACUUUCAAUUGUUGAAAUUGUAUUAAGGUAAGAACUCAAUAUUCAUAAGGAAUGAAUAAUUUAAAUCGUAGUAAGCCAAAAAUGCGUUCCUUUUGAGUAGGUUAAACAAUUUGAUACAAUAACUUAUUUUGAAUACUAAAUAUAUACCUCUAUGUUACCUUCUAUUACAUAUAGUUCCUAAGUUAAUUCAUUUUCGGUUAAAUGGUUAAAUUUGUUAGGUUAUAUUUUAUAAUAAUAUAUAUUUUGUUUGUUGUUAAGAUCAACUUUAAUAGGAAAAAAUAAAACUAAAAAGAACUGAUACUUGUGAUGGGAGCGGCCACUGUUGUAGGUGAAAAUUUGGGAAGGUUAUUUCAUUUAUAUCUGUAAACCAUUUCUGACGAAAGACGAUUCCGAGCGCAGUUCGGUAAUACAUAAUUUUUAUUUUCUUUUAAAUUUGAUUUCAAAACACUUAUUAAAAAAAAAAAAAAGUUGUUUUGGAAAUGGAACCACGUCUAGGUAAGUCCAAUAUAAGUAUUAUUACCAAGUUUCAACUCUUUACGUAUAUUUAUAACCCAAUUACAGGAAAACAACUUCCAAUAAUUAAAAUUCCUUAAAAGCUCAAAAGUGGCUCAAACGUUUAGGCGAUGAUUCUGUGAAAAGGGUAACAAAAAAGGUAUCUUGUGAUUUUUCGAUUAAAUCAUUUUUUCUGGUAGAAAACGUCGUCCGUGUUUUUAUAAAAUAAUGAAAUCGUGAAAUUAUACGUUUUCCUACGUUUAAUGUUAAUUCGGGCCACUCGAAGCAGCACGCUAUUGGAAGUAUAAAAAUCAAUUUUUCUAUGACAUAUUUGUUGUUGGGUGUAAGACAAUGCCAAUGAACUUGAGAGUGACAUCCAUUCAACAUUUUUAUUUAUAAAAUAAAAAACUGAAACUGUUUUACUGUGUAUUAAUAAGGUAUUAUUUUUGUUCAUAGUUCAUAUAAAAAUAUGCGGGAGAUAUAAUUACAAUACACAAUUAUACUCGUAUCAUUUACCAUUAAUUGUUAUUUUGUUAUACUUAAAAUAGGGUUUAAAAUUAGGUAAUUAAUUUGGGAAUCGAGAUUUAUUUAGUUUAUCAGCAGGCCAAGGCAGUUUUCGUUUUACAUUGAUGUGUUUUUCAUAAUUCAGAAUCGUAUUAUUAAUUUGUGGGCAUUAACUAAUUAAUUAUUUAUUUAAUACAGACAGUAAGUAUAUAACUUGAAAUUAUUUAUUAUUGAUUUUAAAUUGAAAAUAGUAUUAUUUGUAUCCUUUAUGUGGCUCUUCUAAAACGAAGAUCUACGCAUGCUUAUAUUAUAAUUACUUUAUGUUCGUUGUUGAAUGCAAGUACUGCAGUAAAUGUCGGUAUUGAAUUUUAAAUAUGUUAUAGUUAAGAUGAACUCUUGUUUGUACCUGCAAUCUCAUACCAUUAUUAAUUCAUUAAUAACUUUAUUUGAAAUAUUAAAUUGAUAAUAAUUACCUAGAUUAAUUACGUUGAUUCAUUGUUUUAUUUACAACUUGAAAAACUACAAACUGAGGCGAAAAAACAUGUGUAUAUAACUAAAAGCUCCUCUAACUGCUCUAAAUCUAAAAUAUACUUACUGUAUAUUAUAUUGACAUUGUAAUUUUCUUUACCUUAAUUGGUUGUUUGGCGUCAACUAUAUAAAGGAAUUAAUAUAUAUAUAUAAUAUAUUAAUAUAUCAAUUAUAUAUAAGUAUAUUACCUAGUUUUUUUUCAAUAAAAACCUGUAAAUUUUAACAGGAUUUUUAUUUUAGAUUAAUUUUAGAUUAUUUUAUUAAGAUAUUAUAUAGAAUUUGUUCGACACUAGUAUCCGAGUAAUAUCGUACAUACUGAAGGGAGUGUGGGAUACGGGGAAACGGGUAUUUUGGUAAUUAUGAAGUAGGAGAUUGUAUACAAAUUGAGAAAAUGGUCAUAUAAAUGGCGUUUAAUUGUUUUUCUAAGAAAAAAGUUUAAAAUUCCAGAUUGGGGGGGGGGUAUGGAAUAACGGAUAUUUUGAUAAUUAAGAGGGAGGGGGCUUGCAUACAAAUUAUUAAAAUAGUCAUACAAAUGUAUACAAAUUGCUUUCUUUAAUCGAGCAGUAUAAAAUGUAUGAAUACUUAAUUAUUUAAGGGCUGGAGACAUAAUAUGUCAUCGGUCUCCUUUUCAGUAUUUUUAAUAAUGCUCCAAUAGUAGUAUCGAAAAAUGUCUAAAAACUGUCAAAUAAAUUCAUACAAAUGACGUACAAAAUAUUUGAAUAUGAAUUUUCAAGCAUUUCAUUGGUGGGAGGUGGAAGAUAUGUACAUAUAUACGAGUAUAAGUAGGUAAAUGAAUAAAUUAUAAUAACUUUUAGUCAUAAUUGACUGAUCAUAAUCUGCUGAUAAAAAUAAAUUAUGUAGUAUUAUUCCUGCGUAUCUAAUAUAUUUUAAAUAUUUAUUUUGUGGAUAGGUACCACCUAAUACCUACUUAUUUUAUUACUAACAUCUUAUACAAAUAAUCUAAUGUUAUUUAAUUAAUUAUUAUUUGAACUAUAAAGUGUAAAGGUUAAGUUAGUGACUUGAAUUUUUGCUAUGGUGAUUUCCCAAAUAAAUAUUCAAUUUUUUACCUUCCCUUAAAUAUAUAUAUAUACAUAUAGAUUAUCAUUAAAAAUAAAUACGUACUAGUAAUACUAAAUUUAUAUGAUACAUAAAUUACAGAUAUUAGUUUUAACAAUUAAAAACCGUUUAUUAUACCAUAUAUAUUAUUAUUCGUAUGACGUAAUUUCUGUAUAACAAAUCUUCAAAUAUUAAUAUUUUUUAAAUUUAGAUUCGUCAUAGCUUUGUUGUUCUUGUUGAGAUUAUUAUUAUUAAGAUUCCUAAUUUUUGUAUUGAUUUAUUAUUAUAUUUUGAUGACCCUAAAUAAUAAUGUGACGGUAUAAUAAUAAGUUGAAAAAUAAGGUGAAUUAUAAGCCGCUAUAUUCAGGUUGAGAAAUACCGGUAUAAGUAAUACAUUAGUAAUGUUAGUAUAAAAUAAUCUUUUCACCAUUGAGACCGAUUUGACCCUAGAAAUGGGAAGGUACUGAGAAUACUGGAGUAUAAAUUAUUUUAUCUUAGUUUUAUAUUAUAAUUAUUUCAAUAUCUCAGAAUAAUAUAUUUACGAAUGAAAGAAAUGUUUUAAAAUAUUGUUAGUUACAUUAUUUUGUUUGUCUAACUACUAAUAUGUGAAUUAUUCAAAUGUAAAUAGAUAGGUUAUGAUAGGUUAUUAUUACUUAUCACAUAUUAUCUGUUAAAUUUUUAUCGAAUUUUCUAGAAAUAAAAUAAUAGUAAAUGCCAAUUAAAUAAGCAAACUCAUCCGUUUAACAUUACUUAUUAGUCAUCACGUCAUGGCUAUUGUUAAACUAAAUCUUAAAUUGAUUAUUUUGUACUAAUUUUCAAAGUAGAUCAUGAUAAUUAUUUACCUAUCGAAAAACAUAUUAAUAUUUAAGUAUAAUUAAUUUUAUUAAAUUAUUCUGUUUUUGGAAUCUACAUUUUUACUGCAUUUGAAUUUCAAUAUUUUUACAACAUUUUGAGUUUGAUAGAUAUUUAUAAAUUAUAAUAUCAUUUAAGUAUUUAAAAAAAUAUUCAGUAAAAUCAAAUGUACAAGAAAUGCCGAAGAAAUAUUAUUUUAAAUUUUAAAAUUAUUUGUAAAAUAAUUGUUCAAAUAAUCUGGCCAUAGUUAAGAUAGACUGCUACAAAAAGUAUUUUUUAUUUUUUUUAAUCUUAAUUGAUUAUGCGAUUUUCUUUUUAAAUAACGUCGUAUUUCAACAAAUACACAAACAAUUUUUGUGAGGUAUACUACUAUAGUACAUACCUAAUUUAUUCAUACUUAGUAAUAUGAUCAUACAUUUUAAUAUUAAUUUAUUGAAUUAUUUUACCUUAUUUUUUUAUUAAUAAUCAGCAACAAAAGACUAUCAAGAAAAAUAUAGCGAGUUUAUUAAUAAGGUAAUUUGUAUGAUUAGGUUUAAUAUAGUUCGUUAUUUUAAUUAUAAUAAUAUGUACUCUUGUAUUUCGUGCCUUAGAAAACCAGGCAGUUUUGUAUGUUUGUUAUUUUGCGUUACGCUUUCUUUUAUCGCGUGUCAAAUUUAUUCUUCAAUAAAUAAAUAAUAAUUUAUUGUUAUUCGUUAUUAAUUGCUUUUCGAUUACUCGUAGUUGUGAUGGACUUGUGGUUGUCAACAAUAAUUAUGUUCAUAAAAGACACGAAUCUUUUUAUUCGGCUUCAUCUUCUAAAAACAUAAUAAUAUUAUCUACUCUGUAGAAGUACUUAGAGUUUGUUUUUGUCAUUUUCUGACCAGAUUCAGUCAAACGAAAUCUGUUACACGACCUCAGUUAACGAUAAAAAUUAUAAAAUACACCAUUUAUAUAUAGUCGUGAACAAUUUUUUACGUUUAUAUAAGGAAAAAAUAAUUUAUGUGUAACUGUGCAUAGAAUUUAGAAAAAUUAUCGUCAGUAAUCCGAGGUACCGCUCAGAAUCGUUUUUCGAAUAGUUAAUUAUUGCAUUGAAAUGUAUAAUAAUGUAUAACCUUGCAUUGAGGUAAGCGAACCGAAACGAGUGUUCAAAACCUAACCUCUGUGUAUAAUAAUAAUUGUGUUUGUAGUUUUUUGUGAAUUUUGUGCAAAAAAAAAUAAAAAAAUAUCUAUUAAAUAUUCAAUACUCGUAUUAUUUUCUGAAGUUUUAAAUCCGAAAUUAUGUUGCCCUGACAAAAACUGACGGUACACGAUUCUCAAAUUUAAAUUUUUAUAUUUGCUGACUGCUGGUGCACAUGAAUUAAUGAAAUCCAUUUUUACUCAUAUAUACUCACAUAUGUACGUCACCGCCUAUUGUCGAUGCCUUAAACUUGUUUGCUAUGUAUAUACAUUCAAUACUCAUUAUUUUAUUCGUUUACAAGUAAUUAUAGGUACUAUAUUAUAGUACUAACGGAGUGUUUAUUAUACGAUUUAUUAAUUUAAAUAAUAUAUGCAUAUAUUUAAUAAAAUACUUAUGUUAUUAAUCGCCAAUUAUAUUAUUAAAUCCCACGCGUGUAUUCAAAACUGUAAUCAUAUAGCUUUUGAUAGCAUUAUAAAUUGUUAGCGGAAAAAUGUUUUAAAAACAUUUUAUUAACUGAAAGUGUCUACACAGAUACGUCAUCUGAAAUUCGUUUCCAAACAAACAAACACGAACAACAUAAAAUUAAAAGUUUUAUUUUGACUAAAGUCGUACCAUCACUGGUUUUACCUUUUAUAUACCUUAUGUAAUCUUACAAAUGUUGCAAAUCGAAUGUGUCAAGGUCUUCGCAAUAAAAAUAAAAACACGUUAACAAAAAAUAUACUUAAUGCUUUUGUAUAACUCACAUAAUUCAUAGUACACAUAUUAUAUCCUGUACUUUCUAUCUAUUUUUCAAAACAAAAGCAUUGUAGUUAAACUCUUUAAAUGAAAUCGCAUUUAUUGUUAAAAUAUUCGUUUCCGACAAUUUGUCAAUUUAGCAAACCGAUGCAUUAAGUUAAAUACACAUCUAAUAAUAAAUUCCCUUCAUACGACAGAAAUAACAUUUACGGAUAUGGUUAUCUUGGAAGAAACAGAAUAUAGACGUACAAAUAGUAUGGCGUAUAACCUUCGUUAAGUUUUAUGAUAAACUAGCGUAUAUAUGAAGCAUUUUUGAUGUCAAGGAUACUGAUCCAGAUUUUAUUAAAUUUACAAAAUAUACUGAAAAAAUGCAAAAACACAUUAAUGCCGAUAUUGAAAAGUUCACUAAACAUAACUAAAAACUUAAAAAUAUAAAAAUAUUUAAAACAAUCUAAAUAUUCAAAAUUUAACUAAAUUUAAGUAUAAUAUUUAAUAACGGUAAACCAAUAGGUAUACCUUACAGAAACCGAUUUCAUUAUAUUUUCUUAAAGUUAGUUAGGCAGUAAAAUCAAAAUGUGACAGUAAACACUGGAAAUUUAAAUACAGUAUACCUACUAUGCUUACAAAUUCCAUCUAAAUUAGCCAAUUGCCUAAUAAAACAUAAGGUAAAUGUUAACUUUUAUUCUCAUACGUUUUAAUAAUUUGUUUAAAUUAAUCAAAUGUUUAGUGAAUACAGGUACCUACUGUAAUAAUAUUUUUCAUGUUCACUGAUAAUUAUUUACGUAAAUAUAUUUUUUAGUAGUUUAAUUGUUUAAAUAAUGCUUACAAAAUAUAUUAUACAUUUUAUUUUAUUCAUGUUUGACUAAUCAUAACUAGACAUUUGAUAGGCUAUAUUAUAAUAACUGUUUAAUUUACAUAAAAUAACCAUCAUUUAUUACUACUCAAAUGUGAAAUAAAAUUGAGUUAUAUUACGUUUACCUAUAAUAUAAAAACUGUAUAAAGGUACUAUAAAGAGUAAUGGUAAUAAAUAACUCGCUUAUUACUUUUAUAUCAAUAAAUUAUUUUUGAAAUGUAUAGUUGUAACAAUGUUUUUAUUUUUUCUUUAAUUCCAAGCUAAAAUAUAUAUGUUGUGAAAACUAUAAUACGGUUAAAUUAAUUUCUCGUUGUCAUAGGCAUGCAUAAACAUUUCGGAUAUGGAGAACAAUAUUCCAAAAAAUUUAAACCCCUCCCCUUUUUAUCAUAUUUGAAAAAUACAUUAAAUAUUUUUGUAAUUUGAAUUACUUCGUUGUGUUGAGAAUUGUAUUAUGUAACAUAGUGAGUGAUAUUUGAUUUGCGGGGAAAUAAAAUUAUCUAGUACUCAACUCCCUAAAAAAAAUUAGUUCACUAAUCCGCAGAUAGCUAACUCUAUUCUACUGAAAUUUAAAUAAACUUCAAUUAUAAUGUUAUCAUAUUUAUGUACAAUGAAAAAAGUUUCCUGAAUUUUUCAGUACGAACUGUGUUACUGGUUCUAUAAACAACGUUUAAAACUAUUUGCUACUAUACACCGCGCGCGAACAAUAAAUUGCUCAUGUAAAUCUAAGCUCGCCACGCCAUUGGAUUGUAUCAAUAAGUAUUAUUAAUUGAUGUAUCAAUAAGUAUUAUUAAUUGAAAAAAAUAACUUAUACGGACGUCCUAUAGUAUAGUUUUUUUUAUGCUUUAAAUAAUUCGAUUAUGUACAGUGUACCCCACGAAUAUAUACGAUAGAUCCAUUGCAUAUAUACAACAUAUACGUAAAAUAUAAAAUAUCUGUAUAGUUCGACCAAUAUAGUAUUUAUGUUUGGUUGCUCUUUAAGUUAUAUUUUAUUUAUCUUGAGUUAGUAUACUAUACUUAUAUAAUUAUAUUGAUACAAUAGUAUAAAACGAUCCCUCCAAUCACCUGGAACAGCCGAUAAAUAAUGUAGUAUAAAUAAUAUAGUUGUACCAUUUAAACCUUAUUUAUCGUGAUUAUUUGAUUAAUGCGUAGGCCAUCAUUUUCACCAGCCUAAUACUCCCCGUGCACGCUUAUAAUAUGUAUUAGUUAUUAAAGUAGGUAUAUGUAUGCGUCUUUUUUUUUCGCUUAAUGUUUGACUUUUCGAACAUCUAUGUGUGAUAAAUAUUUUUAAAACUCUCUUAUAAACAAUAAACAUCCCAUAAAUAUUUCAUUUUUAGAUUUGUUUUUUUUUUUUAUUUAUAACUAACAAAUUAAUACGCACCUAAAUGGUUUGAUUUACGUUUUUCAAUUAAUCUGGUUCAAUAAUCCUAUACUUAUACUUUAGGUAAGACGAAAAUAAAUGUUCAUAUAUUUUUAUUUAGUAAAUUUCUUAUAAUAUACCUAUUGUAUCUAUUAUGUUCAAUUUGAUCAAUUUCAUAAAUUUUUGUUUAAUUAGUUUGGUAAUCAUAACGAAUAAUGAAUAUGCACAGGGUGUUCCAUUUAUGUGGCUACAUCCCUUAUCUCGGAUCUCGGAAGGUAUUAAAAUUUUUCAGAAUUUAACUUAUAAAACAUUUAAGACAGUGAUUCCUAAACUUUUUUUUUAUUACGACCUCAAAAUUAAAGUGUUAUCUUAUAUACGUCCCUUUCUUAUAUCGGUAGAUACUGUAUUUAUUAUAGUUUCUAAUAAGUUAUACAUUAAAUAAAAUAAAGUAGAAAACAUUAAAAAUCAAUUUAAUAUAAUAAUCAAUAUAUGUGGAAUAUAAUUUUCUAACGAUUAAUUUGUAAAAAUUAUAUUUUAUACAAUUAGUGUAAUCACAUAAAAAAUAAAAAGUUAAAAAUAUGUUAAUUUAUUUAUAUUUUCGUGACCCCGAGUUUGGGAACUGCUGGUUUAAGAAAUAAAUAACUUUACAAUUUUAUAUUCAUGUUAUUUUUGGGGGGUAAAACCACUACCUACUUUUGAUUUCCAGAUGGCAACUUAUAUUAAAAAUUCCAUAAAUAGAUUGAGUAUUAGUUAAAAUAAAUUUUGGUGUUAAAAUGUUUGAUUUCCGUCACUCCAUUGACGAGAUAUUCCACUUUAAAUAAUAUAGGUCGGGAGAGAGAAAUGGAAUAUCGUUUGUGUGGCUAUACAACGCGCAGCGUUUUAAUCAUGCACCACUCCUCUCCCUCGACCCAUACUUAAAAAAGGAAUAUCUCGUUAAUGGAUUGACGGAAAUCAAAAAUUGAAACACCAACAUUUAUUUUAAUUCAUACUCCAUCUAUUCAUGGAAUUUUUUUAUAUAGGUUGUUAUUUGAAAAUCAAAAGUAGGUAGUGAUUUUACUCCCAAAGAUAUGGAUGACAAAAAAUAACAUAAAUGUAAAUGUAAAGAGCUGCUUGUUUUUUAAAUGUUUUAUAAAACUAAUUUCGAAAAAUCAAUACUUUUCGAGAUAAUGAAUGUACCCACAUAAAUGGAACACGCUAUAUAUGAAUGAGUUUUAUAAUUUAUUUUAAAUUUGAAUUUAUUGAAAUCUUUUAUAAAAAAAAUGUCGGAAAUCAUUAAAUAUUGCGUCAUAUUGAAUACAUUUGAUGAGAACUAUCAACAUCUUAUUUUAUUAUCAGUCGUAUAGUACUCGUUCUAUAUAAUUUUAAAUUCACGUAUUUUUUACCGUGUAGUAGGUGUAUUGUACUUGAUACAUUUUUUAGUUUAGAAAUUUAAAUUUUAAAUACCUACCUUACUAAUAUACCUAUUUAUAAUUUACGAAUGUUUUUUUUACAAAAUUUAUGCAAUUUUAUAAGUUGACAAUAUAUCUUAAAAAUUUUUUACUGUUAUCUAUUAAUGAUCAACAUAAUUGAUGUUUAUCAGUUUCCUGGAUACAGGUUAACGUUUUAAUUCAUCUGUGUUGCCCUUGGCUGUUCAGGAUGAUUCAACCCAUAUCUAUUGGUUACCUGAUUGGUCAUUUUGAUUCGCCAUCAACCACUGAUUUGUAUACAGCGACAAUAGCGGCUUGUGCAUUGCUGUUAUCUACAUUGUUGGGCACAAUUGGAAUGCACCAAUAUAUGCUUGGUCAAGUUGAAAUCGGUUUUAAAAUGCGCGUUGCCGUGACCACUAUUAUCUACUCAAAGGUAUAAGAUGAUCAGUCAAAAAUAAAAAAAAUUAUUAUAUUACAAAGCAUUAUGGCUGUAAUUACGACGAUUAGUCUUAGAUCUGGUGAAUUCUUAAAUUCUUUUCUUUUUUUCUGAUGUUUUUGUUUGUGUAGUAUAAUACCUACUUGCUUAUUGGUUUAUUCUUUGCCGUCUUCUUCUUUUCACUGUGCAUUAUUAAUAAUAACCUAUUUCAAUUAGUAAUGUGUGAAAUCUAAAUUCACCCAGAAAUUCGAGAAUUUAAAUUUUGGAUUUUGAAACUCUAAUAUUGGAUUUUUUUUUCAUUGGAAUAAAAUUACUAAAACUGGUUUUUAAAUUUUAUUGAGAUAAGGCAAUACUCGCAUGUACUGUCUCCGUUAUACAACCGCGCGACAACAUAUUUACGUUCAACAGGGACUACUGUGUACUGUUAGUUUUAAUAUUAUAGUGAAUUGAUCCAUUAUAAAGUUUAAAAAUAACAACGUUGUCUGUAUCUUUUCAUUGUUUUUUUCUCGUAAUUUAAAUUGUUAAGUAACGUAUGAGUGUAUGAAAUAUCGAAAUUUUAAAAUGCUGAUAUACUUAAAAAUGAAAACAAUUUAAAUAAACGAUGAAACGAUACAGAUAAUGUUAUUGUUUUUGAGUUUUAAAAUCACUCUAAUAUUAAAACUAACAGCAAGGAGUUAUAUCAUAUAUGCUGAACGAUUGUAUGAUGGAGACGAUAACUCAUACGCGAGUAUGACGUCCUCUUUAAAUUAAAAUAUUUAUAGUAUACAUAUAUGUACAAUUAAUUGAUAAUAUUCCUAUUCGUAAAUGGUAGAUAAUUAGAAAACCGCACAUUAUAAAAAUACAAAAACAGAAUGGAUUUUCAAUUUUAUUCUCGAAUCCAUAUUUUAUAAUUUGAAAUCCAAAAUACAGAUUUGUCGGAUUUUCGGAGCAUCCGAAUUAAUGGCACAUUCCUAAUUAAAAUAUGCUUGUGUUUACUUGAACAUGAUUUCAGUUUCGUUUGAUAUUAGAAUAUUAAUAUAUUAUUAAUAAUAAUGUGUAUCUUGCAUUAAAAAAUAUAAUAUGUUUAUUCGUCAAACACAAUAUUAUUAACGUAUUUUGUUUCGUUGUUAGUGUAUUUCUAUGUAUAGUAUUGGCGGCAUCGGUGCCGAUAGAUUAUAGUUUUCAGUAGUUAUAUUUUUUGUUUUAUUAAUUUGGAUAUUAACAUACCUAUUAAUAAAAUACUAAACUAUUAUGUAUUAUUAUCGUUUACUAUCCUCCUAUUCGAUGAUCAGUAGAAUAGUUUGUAUGUAGUUAAACAAUUUUUAAAAAAGAACUAAUUGUUUCUCUUACUUUACCUAUUUAUAAAAGUAAUAUUUAUUUUAUUUAAAUUUAAAUUUAACUGUAUGCCACAAGUUAAGAUUUAAUCUUUUAAAAAAAAUGGCCAAACAAAAUUAAUCCGAGCUCUGUAUUUUAAUUUAUUGAUUCCAAUAUGCAAUUUUAUUUCCAUAAAUUGUUAUAAUUUAUAAAGUACGGGUACAAUAAUAAUAAUAUUUUACGUUAAUAAGUUUUCUAAUAUAGUUAAAAUAGUAUUAUAGUGUUUAGAAUAUCUGAUCGUCUUGGUCGAUUGUAAACCAUAUUGUUCGGUUCAUUUGAAGUCCAUAGAAAAAAAAAAAGAAAACACUGAUAAGAAAUCAAAUGAACUACCUACUUAAUCCUAUAUUUUUUUUUAUACAUGGACUAUAUUUAAUUCAUAUGAACAUUAAUAGUACGAUUAUAGGUGUAUUGCGUAUCAUUAUACGAAAAAAAAAAAUAGACUAGAUAAACGAGUUCAUUAUUUUUUUCUGUAAAGACCUAUAGUUAACGUGUUCAUAUGAAAGAAAAAAAGAACCUAAACGCGAACGUGCUAUUUUUUGACAUUGGACGUAAACGUGAGAGUUAUUUAUUAUACGUCACAUUGUUUGUAUAUGUAGAAUUCUUUCAUACUUAAGUAGGUAUAGUCAUUAUUUAAAAGCCGUAUUUGUAUCAAAGUAAAUAUUAUAGCCAAAUGUUCUUUUAAUAAACAAAAAUUUGAUUCAAUGAUUUUUUGGACGUGAAUCAAAACGUACGUUUUUAAAACGUUAUUUCACUCGUUGGGUUUUAUUAAUUAGGACAUCAAGUAUGAAUUAUUUUUAACACUCUAAAAUGGUUUUAUACUAAUAUAAAUGUAUUAUUUAAAUAGCAUCGUUUAGGUAUCUGACGUAUUUAGUAUAUAAUUGAUACUACCAUCGCCUCUAAGUAAAAUUGUCCGGCGUCACUUCUUGAAAUCAAUUUUUUUUUUAAAGUUUAAAGAUAACAUUAUGUUAUCACGAUUAGUUAUUGUCGGUUAGAUAAGUGUAUUUUUUCUUUCUUUUAAACACGGUUAUUUAAAUUAUGUACACCGCGCCGGUGUAGAUAACCGCAGUAUUGCCUUUAUGCCUGCAAUAAAUAUUGUCAGUCCCGUAAAAUCAUUAAUGUUUUUUCUUUCAUCUUGCAUAUUUUAAAGACAAAAUCAAUUAAUUAACUAAUAAUAAUAAGAAACAACUUUAAAGAAAAAAAAAAUUGUAUAGUAUUUAGUUUAAAUGUUUCUUUGUGAAAUAAAGCUAUUUUGUUUUAGUGAGAUUUUAAUUUUAUUUAAUCUUUACGUUUUUACUUAAUGAUUUUUAAGUAGUUUGAAUUUAAAUGAUUUUUUAAAUUUAAAUUGUUUAUCCUAUACUGUAGAGAACUUUUCCUGAAUCUUGGAAAUAUUUCCAAUAAAAUUAAUACAAUUUACAUAAGACAUAUUCGCAAUACCUAUUAUAAUAUUAUGGAUGUAUGGAGGUAAGGAUCGGCUUUGCCGGUGAAUUACUAACAGUAAAUUGCACCCCUUUCGGAAUUUCUAUAAUACAACUGAAUAGGUACGACUUACUAAUAUAUUUAUAUAUUAUUAUUUAUAACCAUAAUAAUUGUAUUAUAAAAGUAGGUACCUCAAGUAUAGGUUUAUAAAAUAAUGAUGGCAAUUGUUAAAAAUAAAAACUAUUAUAUAAAAUAUUAUAUUUUUUAUUGUUUAAAAAAAGCAGAUAUUGAAAAUAUAUAAUAUGAUGAUAUAAAAUGAUAAUAUAAUGUGAUGCCAUUUUUGGAAUCGAACUAUACGAUAAAUCGUUGCACCUGGAAAUCGAUUUUUCCCUACAGUACAUAUAUAAUUUUAGGUCUUUGAGUAGUGAAAAAAUUAAUUAAAAUUCGCAUGUGUAGCUGAAAACGUGUGUGCUGCGUACGUAGUUUGUCUGUUUUUCAAAAUCCUAGGAAAUAUGAAUAAUGAAUAUUUUACGAAUAGCAGAAAGUAGAUAAGUCCAUGAUUAUUUCACCUGUAAAUUGACGUGGACACAAAUAUACUUGUAUUAGUAUAUGGAUCAUUUUGUAGGUACAGAACCCAAGUUUAUCAUAUAGGUAGUGCAUCUGCGUUCACAGGUGUGAUGGCUUUCGGGACAAUUACAGUUUAAGUUUGAAAUGUUGAUAAAUAUUUGGGAAUCAAUAAUAAUUAGUAAAUGGUAAAAAGGUCGUCUCCAAAAAUAUAUGCUCCUUUAUACCAUAUGAAAACUGAUAUUAAACUUUGGAAAUAGUUAAGUUGUAUAGGUUUAAGUGCUACUAUCUAUACUGGUGCAGUGUAUGCACAUAUAGUUUAUUACGUCACAUUGUAUGUUUUCACUGUACACUAUUUAAUUUUACAUGGUGGGACGUUAUUUGAAAAAGACUAGAAUCUGUUCCUAUUGGUUAUUGUAAUAAUAAUAUAUUAAUUUUUGUUUUGUGUUUAUAAUUUGAUAUAUUUACUUCAAUAUUUCUUUUUCAGUAUUUACAAAGUAUAAUAAUAAUAUGCGGUUUGUUAUUUUAACAAUUAAUACCUACUUGGCUCUAUAAUUUGCCUUGUAUGCAUAUAAUACGAGUAGUUUGCGUAUAUUAAUCUACCUAUUUCUAUUCACAGAUUUCUUGCAUCAGGCGUGGCUCCAGGGAGGAGGGGCUGUAGUUUCCGUGGCCCUCCAGCCUUCCCCGGCACCGUCUUUUUUCUCUGAAUCACUGGCACAACGAAUGAUUUGAAGGUUUCUCUGUUUGUCUAAAACAAUAAUUUUAAAUACAAAUUUCUACCCUCAGAGGAGUGAAACUGUGACUUCGCUCAAUGUCAAAGGUAUAUAGGUCGUCGAAUGUGUGUUUACUCAACAUACAUCGAGAAAUCGCUAACAUUUUAAAUGUUUUUCCAAAAAAAAAAAAAAAAAAAAACAGAAAAGUCGAACUUAUGUAGAAUAGAUGUAUGUGUUCAUUUUUUUUUUUUUUUUUUUGUAAAGUUGUCCCUUGCCUUCCUUUUAGUCCCUGGAGCCGCGCUAGUCCCGCAUACUAAACAAUUUGUUUAAUGUGUUAAUAAAUGCAUGAGUAUUAUCUUGACGUAUAAUUUGUUUGAUAAUAAUAAUAUAUAUGAUUAUAUUAUAUACCAGUUGUAUACCCAUAUCCAGUAUAGUAUCGUAGUUUACUUAAUUCAAUUCAUAUUCAACCUUGCAUAUUCAACUGACGUACAAAAAGAAAACCAAUGAUUAUUUAAAUUUUACACCGAUCUUAUGUCCUUCCCUUAAAGUAAAAUUUUUGUUUAACUGAUUCGAAUCAUAAUAGAACAUUUGUUAUCGCUUAUAAACGUUUUUAAGUUUUUUUUUUAAAUACGCUAUAUAUACUGUAUGUUUCUGUUAAUCAUAUUUAUAGUUAAAAUAACUAUACCUACCUAUAUAUAAUGUGUAAAUAUAUAUAUAUAUUUAGUUAUAUAUUUUAUAGUAGAGGAAACGAGCGUAAGUGAGAAUAUGUAUGAACCGGAGUUUUUUUUGUUUUUUUGAUUUAAAUAUACCUAUACAAGAGAAUAUUUUUUUUUGUGUGUUUGAUAUGACUAUUGUAGUGUUUGCCAGCCGUUCUUCUUGGGUCGUAUAAUCGCACAGUUUGAACCGGAUGACACGCCAUCGUCAGUUCAGACUCCUCAUCUUGGGAUAUUUUAUGCGAUUUGCUUGGUGGUAGCCGCGGCGUUGAAGACUUUCGGUUUCACCGCCUACGACAUGCUCACCACGCAUAUGGGCAUGAAGAUACGCGUAUCAACGUGUUAUCUCAUUUAUAAUAAGGUACCCUUUUGAGGUCCUUCUCAAGAUAACAGUAUUUUUAUUAACCCAACACGAGUGUGAUUGCAGCUUAACUAUACAUGUUAUUAGCCUGACAAACAAAAGAUAGCAUUUUUAAUAUGAUUUUGAGUAUGACGGUUUCGAUGUUUUACGUUGCAGUAAGUAUUAUAAUAUUUUCGACAAGGUCUUUACCACCAAAUAAUUGUACGUAGGUACCUAUAAUUACAGCUACCAAUUUGGCCAGUUUAAAAUGCAAAUACAAUCGUGUAUCGAUUUUAACUGCCUCUUGAUUUUAAUCUAUACUAGAAACUUUUUUUUUCAAAAUUAAUGUCAUCGAAUUAAUUCUCAAACAACCGGGUUUUUAUUAAACUAAUGUUUUGUAAAGGUACAAAUAAUAUAAUUCAUUUGUAUAAAAUAAUUUAAUAUACUUAAAUAUAAAUUUACAUUAAAAAUAUAAAUAAUACAUACGGUAUUAGGAUAAUAGCAUAUCAUUAGGCAAAAUAAUUAUUCAUUCUUCAGUGUUAUUCAGCCGCCUGAUGAUUAAUAAUUAACGUAGUUGAGUCGUUACACAUUGUUGAAUGUGUGUUCAAAAAUAUUUAUAAUUAUUCAAUUUAAAUCAAUUACAAACAUAUGUUUACAAUUAAAAUCAACAGUUUCAGUUUAGGGAAAAGAAUAAUAUAACGAAUUACACGUAUAUAUAUAGGUAUUAAAAGCACUCGCGGUAUAUAUUUAUGAUCAAUAAUACCUAAUAAUGACGAUGCUGUUGGUAGACAAAUAAAAUAAUGUUAAUAUUGAUUUUAAAUUAAAUAUACCUUUAUAAUCUUGUAUACUAUGCAAUCUGGAAAUUAACAUUAUUUUUAUUCAGAAUAAACGUGCUUUUGCAAUGUUAUCUUUUGCUCGUCGAGCUUUAAACUUGCUAUAAUAUUAUAUACCUUAUACCGCUUUAUAGUUUGUAUUUAUUUUUAUUUUUAUUAUUUAUGAGGUGUGUUUUCAGAGAAGAGUAGAAUUUAUUACCUAACCUAACUCUUAAAUUUUUUUUUUUAAUGGCUUUUUUAACACGUCUAAACUUUUUAAGAGAUUUAAAAUCAUUGUUAGUUUGUGCGUAUAGAUGUUAUAGUAUCAUAUACAGUUGCUGUUGAGUAAUGUAACGUAUAUUUCGAAUAAAUAUUUAAAAUAUCAUUCGAAUAUUAUUGUACAAUAUUGUUAACAUGUGCGCUCGUAGGAAGAUUAAGGGUGUCAUAGCUAAAAGUACAGUAAUUUAGAUAAAAUUAUAUUUUUUUAUUUUUAUUAUCAUCAAUAAUAUGUACUUUGCCCUCACAUUUCGGUGUACAUAUUUUUGCAGGCGCACUUGAUUAUUAAUUUACACAUUUUAAUAUAUUUAUAUUAUAUUAACGAUAUAACUAAUAUUUAACUUCACAUUUAUAGAAUAAUGUAGCAGUAUAAUACUAUGCGCACUUUAUCCUAAAUCAAAUAGUUUUAUAUUAUUUAUUGCCUACAUAAUACCAUUUGGUGAUACUAUAUACAUAAUAUGAUUUUUAUUAGGAUACCCGAUAUAAUAAUUAUGUACUUACGUUUAUUUUAUAACCUAUAUACAGUAUUUAUUAACCUAUUGGUUUUUAUACCAAUUAAAAAAAAAUAAUAAUAAUAAUAAUUGUUUUAUUGUUAUUAUUCUAAAACAAGCACUAUGUAAAAGUCUGUAGUUAUAGUCACGACAAAGAAUUAUAAUAAAACAUAUGUACAAAUAUAUUUCAUAAGUACAAACUAAACGUUAUAUUCAUAUUUGAUACAUUAUUUUAAUACUAUUUUUUUGUAGUUACUUGUUCAGGAACCGUAAUAUGACAAAUUGUGUUUAUUCGCAAUUUAUAAAAAUAUAAUGUUUUUUGUAGACAAUUCAAACAUUGUAAUACCUAUUGAGUUUAUCUUGAUAAUAUUGUUGUUCGAUUAAAAACUCGUAUAUUACACAUCUAUAUAUGUUAUGUAUGAAGAGUUUUAUAAUUGACUAUCGUAAAGUAUUUGGCGUAGUAAAGUAAUUGGCGUGAUAAAUCUUUAAUAGAUAUGUUUUCUCCCCGUAUAUACACGAUUCUAGGAUUUUUUAAAACAUUCAUUUCUUUUCUUUUUACCUCUGGUUUAGGUCUACAAACAGUAGAGGAGUAACCCAAUUGAAGUGUAGGCAUUUUUUUUUCUUUUACGUAACUACACAUUGGACAUAAUUCAAUUAUUAUUGUUAUUAAAACAUAAUUGAAUUGUUGGAUAUCUCCAGUAAUUCGACAAUUAUUGAGUAUAAUAUUUUAAGUACACCGAAUUAUUUGUUUAUUUAUGUUAUUUUGUCGAAUUUUCCUCAAAAAUGGAGAUUAUUGCAUUAUAUUGUUUCUGUUUUAUAUUUAUAAUAUAUUUUAUAUAUUUAUAUUUGUAUCUUUUUUUUCAUUUAAUGAGCUCAAACUCGGGAAUUCUAGUUUUUUUAUAGAUGAAUUGAAGUGAUAAAAGUUGGGUUAAACAUUUCAUCGGGUUCUUGUUGUAGGUAUUUUUUAAAAAUUACACUUCUAUAGUGUUUCAAACUUUCCAAAAUAAGCCAGAGGUAAAUUGUUGUAUAAACAUGUCGUUAGUAUCAAGGAUAUAUGUCUUUUGAGGCUUUUAAGUUUCAACCCUCCCCUCUCCCAUCAUUUUUAUUUUAAAAUUUUACUUUUUUUUUUGAAAAUAGUACAAUAGUACAAUAUAAUAGUAAUAAUAUUAAUAUGAAUAUUAGUAGUAAUAUUUUAUGGAAUACCUAGAUUAGUAUUAUUAUAGUAAACGGUUAUUUAUUAUUUUGCAAAGAAUAUUUAUGUAAUAUAAAAUAAGCGGGAUAAAUUCGACUUGAGUGAUGGAACUCUGCUCAUGGGUGUUUUUUAAACAAAUAUUUUUUUAUAUAAAACAGAAUCAGUGGUGUUUUUUGUUUUUAUUUAUUUUAUUAUUACUAUUAUUAUUUAUUAUUAUUUAUAUAUAUUUUUUUUUAUUUUGUGUGUGUACCUAUGCGUGCGUGCGUGCGUGCGUGCGUGUGUGUGUGUACUUAUGUAGAAUGUCUCAGCCACUAUUCAUCGGCGGGCUAUUAGCAUAUUUCGACCCUGACGGGUCCAGUUACACCGACUUAAAACAUGCAUACAUUUAUGCAUCUGGUUUGGUGUUAAGCAUGUUAGUUACAAUGAUCGUAUAUCAUGCGACUCAAUUAGAGAUCAUACAUUGCGGAAUGAAGAUACGAGUCGCCUGCUGUUCGGCAAUAUUUUACAAGGUACAAUAUAAUACCGUUUCAAAAGCAAAAAAAUUAAAAGGACACGAUACCGACAUAUCCGUCUUGCAAACAUACAGCAUAGCAAAUUUAUGUUGAACGGGGACAACUUAUACUACUGUUAGUUUUAAUAUUAAAGCGAAUUGACUUAUUGUCAAACUUAAGUACAAGGACAUUAUGUGUUUCACUUUGGCGCUAUUUUUAGAUAUUUUAAUUUUUAAGCGAGAUACAAACAUUAUUAAAUUGUGACAUUUCACAUAUUCAUAUCACACUUAAAAAUGAAAACAACGAAAAAUAAACGAUAUGACACAGAUAAUGUUCUUAUUUUUAAAUUUGAUGAUAAGUCAAAUCACUCGAAUAUUGAAAUUAACAGCACAAUGUUGUCCCUGAUGGACGUAAAUUUGUUACGUAGUAAGUUUAUAAGACAGAGACAAUAUAAUAUGUGUGUAUCACGCCCUCUUAAAUAUUGUCACAAUUCGACGAAUAUUUUAUUUAUUAUAAUUAAGUGAGCUUUGAAAAUAUAUUUCAUUCAGUUUUUAAGUAUACCCACUUAAAAUUAAUCCAGUUUUGAUUGUCCAAUAGUUUUAAAAUAUUUUGUUUUGUUCUAAUAAAGUAAUAAAAUGUCCAAACAAAACGGGUAAAUAUAAUGGAAUAAUCUUAUCGCUAAUAUGUUUCAAGUCUUUACGCACUCGUAAUAAUUUCUAUUUUCUUGUUGACUUACAGUAAUAUUAAUCAUGUACACUUCAGCAUAAUAAUAAUUAAUCUUCUAUAGUUUAUUUGCUUUGUAAUAUGAAUAGAUUUUGAUUUGCUACGCUCUUAUUCUGUGAUUAUUUUGUUUCACUAGGAUAUUAUAUUAUAAUUACAACCGUAAAGUAAGUAAUUGAGUUUUUUUUUGUUUGUUUUGUUUUUCAUCAAAUAUCCGAAUAAAUAUUUUACGAUACAGUGCCAUUGUACUAAUACGUUCAACGUCAAGCACCCUGACAUCCAUUACGACAUACGAUUAUAUCUCAGCCUUUACGAGUCGAUUAACACUCAAUAAUGGAUUAAUAUGUAUUUUACUUUAUAAGUCGUGGAUGAAAAUGUGAUUUGAAACCUUAAAAUGAGUUAUUUACAUACUUAUAAACAAUAAUAAUUAUUAUACAAUAUUUCAACGAUAUCGGAUUACAGGUAUAAUAUUAAUUCUAGGUGCUGGACACGAGUAAUUUUAUUGGCCUAUUGUAUCAUGAAUUGUUUUUCAAUAUCAUCCGAUUGAGUUAAACAUACAGAUAACAUUCACUACCUAUUGAUUUUUCUUCCUUUUUGUAUAUAUUUCACACUCAAUUAUACUUUUAUUUUCGUCUUCCACAUCUCCCUGUAUCCAUCAUUCUUCAUUUACUUCUAUGGCUAGUUUUUCUUUGGUCUACCACUCCCCUGUAUCCGUAAUUUUCCUAUCUUGUUGACUACUAUGUCAUUUCUCAAAAUGCGUCCAUUUUAACCUUCAGUUUCAAGUCGACCAACUUAAUAAAUUGUUUCUUAUUUGUGCUAUACCUUUUUCUUCUAGACAACUUCUUAUAAUCCACCUUUAUAUUUUAAUGUCUGUUACUUAUAUUUAAAUUUAUUAUUGAAUGCCCAGCACUUAGAACCGGUACACCUUCAUUAGACUCAAAACAGAUUCAUGCCAUUUUCUUAAUAGCAUGAUGUGUUUCUGAUUCUCCUUCUGCUUUUUUCCACUUUAUGUACAGCUACAUCUAGCAAACACAGCUGUAAUUAUGUAUUGAAAUAUGGUUUUUCGAAGUUAGGGUUUUUGGAGCAAAUGUGUUUAUAUCUUCAAACAUAUACUGUAGGUUCCAUUUUAAGCAUACAUAAUUAACGUCCAUAAUAUGAUAAUUUCGACAAUUCUCGAUAAUCCAAAACAUUCAUUAAUGUGUAUAUCGUAUAUACAUUUUUUUUUUUUUUAAUUUUCCCCAUGCAAGUAGCGUAAUUUUAUAAUAUUUUAUUGUUUGAUAGAACACUAACUGCCCAUCUGUCUUGGAUAUUGAUUGACGGUUUAGUGUAACCAUAUUCAGUAUAGCGUUACCGGGUAGUGUAGGAUAGGGUAAUGACUUUAGGCCCAUGAAUAUUGAUAUAUAUUUUGUUCGAAAUAAACAAUACUUGACAUUUAACGGUAAACCAAAUCGGUACACGACGCGUCUAUUAUUAUUUGAACGUCUAUUAUUGAAACCGCGUGCACUGUCGUAAUAACAUUUUUUUUUCGCAUGAAUUGUCGUUUUAACAUUUUCAUCCAUAUAAAUUUUUUCUUUUUUUUUAGAGACAUGAGUUUCAUAUAGAAUAAUCCAGGCCCGGAUUAACAGGACAGGGUAGUCAUGUGCCUAUGACUAGGCAAUAAUGAGGCUAUUUUUUCCCUAUUAAUACGUACGAGCAUCCAAAAAUUAAGCAUAUUUAAAUGUUUAUAAUAACAUAUUUUUGUAUCAUAAAAUUCAAAUCAUUUAUCAAUUUUACAAAUUGAUUAAGCGAUGAAGUUGUAACAACCACGAUUUAAAAUAUACUUAAACAACCACAAAAUUAGAUUUAAUAAAUGGCCGCCGAUAAGAAAUCUGUUAAUAACCCGUUCGGAAUUUCGGAUGCCUACAUUCUUAUAGUCACAAAUUAAAUUGAUGUAGAAAACCUCUCAUUUGAUAUUUUCUUCUAGUUCCACCAUCGUUAAAGAAACAAUUUACAAUGCAAAUUAAACUAUAAAUUGGAAUAAUUAAUUAUUUAUUAUAUCAUUAGUAUUAACUGUUGAUGUAUGUACAAAUAAAACAUUAAAGAUUAAAAAAAGUGAAAAUUUUUCCUAGAUAGGGGGUAUACAAUGAUUUACUAAAAAAAAAAAAAUAAAAUGUACCUAGAGUUAUUGUCGGAUUUAAUCCGGUCCUGGAAUAGUUUACCUAUAUGGGACUCUUCGAAUUUCGUCAAUUCUAAAUUUACAAAUAUGUUGAACAAUAAUUUUAAAAAAUCCUGGUAAAUCCCAUAAAAUUAUUCUAUAUAAUUGAAAUUAGAAUCUGCCUUAUAGGGAAUAUUGUACUUUUUUUUUUUUAGAUAAAAGCUAGAAUUGAAAAGAUUUAGCGUAUCUGUCAAAUGCGUGAGUGUGUACGAAGCGAAACGAUAUUAUCGGUAUGGUAUUGACAGGUAGUUUAAAAAAAACACAUCUACUUUUUAGAAUGAUAGAAUUUACACGAUUUCCCAUAAAACAUAAUUUAUUAUUAUUCCUGUAGUUAAUUAUUUUCAUUGAAAAUUGUAUAAUAGUGUAUUUCAUGUCUACGUACAUUUGUAUAAUUCAUUCGGUGUACAUUCUCAGGGUAUUAAAUAAAAUAUACUUGAAAUUACGUUUACUGAGCAUAUUUAUUUUCAUAUAUUUAACUAUUUCAAACCCAUACAUUUUGCGUACAAGAUAGAAGUAUCAAUAGAUGCGUUAACACACUAGAUUUUCAAUAGUUAAUUUUAAACCAGAAAUAUCACUUAAUAUACGUCACGUUGAAGGUUAAACUCUUUAAUAAAACUUGUAUGAUUUUCAUAAAAAUAAAAUGAAACAUGUUUGGAUUACUGAUAUUAUUUUAUAUUUUGUGCUUUAUUUGUUUCGUGGUGAAUACUUUUUUGUGAAUCGGUAUAUGAGUAAAUACUGUAAAUACCUAAUGGAAAUUGGUUUUAGAUGAACAUUUUUUUACUUUAACACCUAAACUUGUCGUGGUUCGGAAUUUUUAUUUCUAUACUUAUGAUUAACGAAACAUGACUUAUUAAAUCGCAAUUAAGUACUAAUUACUGCUACUACUAACUGAUCCAUAAGAAUAAAUCUUUAUUUUUAAAACUAUUAUGUUUUAAUAAAUUUAUAUUAUGUGAAGAGCAAAUAAUCCAUAUAUUACGUGUACUAUGUUAUUUUUUUCAUCACAGUAACCACUGUUUUUGAAACAAUUGCAUAGCAAUUUUGAUUUUAACUCUACUGGGUGAAGUUUUAUCAAAAUAAAUGGUUGCUUUUUCGAUAUUAAAAUACCCGUAUACAUAAACUCCUUGCAACAAUCCUUUUACAUCUUUAUAAUAUAUAUUAUUAUAAUUUUUAAAAAUAUUCAAAUUAGAUACUCGUAAAAAUAUAUUUGUGCAUGAUGGUUUUUGAUUUGGGCUUUGUUGAUUUUUUUUUUUAUAACACGUAAAAGUUUUUUGUUUGGAUUGUGCUGUACAAAGUGUUAACAUUGCUUUUAGAAAAAAAAAAAAUUGUCCCACUAAUCUAAAGUAUCGUUUUCAAUAUACUUUGAAAAUGUAACAAUAGCGUUAAAUGGAAAAUUAAUAUUGAAUUUGAAUGAAACGUUUCGUAUUUAUUUAUAUAUAUAUAUAUAUAUGUGUAUAUUAUAUACAGGCAUUGCGACUAAGUAAAACAGCUCUCGGCGAUACCACAGUGGGCCAAGUAGUAAAUUUAUUGUCGAACGAUGUAAAUCGAUUCGAUAUAGCGGUAAUAUUUUUGCACUAUCUGUGGAUCGGUCCUUUGGAAACGGUCGUGGUCACGUAUUUCCUGUGGCAAGAAGUCGGCGUGUCGUCGAUAUUCGGGGUUGCUGCGCUGCUCAUGUUUAUCCCGCUACAAGGUAUGUACAAAAACAAAAACAAAUCGCUCCGUCCGGUACCUAUUUAUACACCUUUAAUUAGGUUAGGUUAGUUAACUAUGUUAUUAUCUCCAUUCGAAAAAGGUCUGGCAAUUUAUUAUCAUCUACUUACCUGUGUAUUCAAACAAACGUUCAAUUCGUAUAGGUUGGCUGGGCAAGAAAACUUCGGAACUCCGGCUAAAGACGGCCAUCAGAACGGAUGAACGGGUCCGACUAAUGAACGAAAUUAUUUCGGGCAUUCAAGUCAUUAAAAUGUAUACUUGGGAAAAACCUUUCGCAUACCUCGUACAACACGCACGGAAGUACGUAUACUAGUCGAAAUUAUAACACCUAAUAAUACAGAGGUGUGUGUGUGUAUACAUAGUUUUUACUUAUAACGUUGUCGUGCAGGAAGGAAAUUCAACAGAUCAGAGGAUCUUCAUACAUCAGAGGCGUUUUGCUAUCAUUUAUAGUGUUUCACACGAGGAUUGCGUUGUUUUUCAGUAUUCUAUCGUACGUGUUAAUGGGGAAUUUUAUUACCGCGCAAAAAGUAAGCACAUCGAAGACCCAUAUUAUAUCUUUGAGAACGGAACCCCUUAGAUAUUUUAUAAUUAUAUGUAUUUUAGGUGUUCGUCAUAACGUCUUAUUACAAUAUACUGCGGACAACUAUGACAGUAUUUUUUCCCCAAGGUAUUGGACAAAUAGCCGAGAUGUUAAUAUCCAUUAAACGUCUGCAGGUGCGAAUUAAUAAUAUACCUACUAUUAUUUAAAUAAUAUAAAUGUACCCAUCAAAAUUCACUUGUAGAUAAUACAUUUUAUUUUCCGGUUAUAGAAUUUUUUGUUAUACGAAGAGAAAGACACUCAAGUGGCUAAUCGUUCAAAAGCUGAUAAGGCCGCUAACGGCACACUCAGAAAACCAAUUAUUAUUAAUGAUAACACAGCAAAUAACGCUAGCAAUCAAAACGACACUGAUCAAUCAAACGAUUUGGGUAUAGUGGUUUCCGAAGUUACAGCCAAAUGGACAGAUGCUCAAACUGAAAACUCUUUGGAAAACAUUAAUUUGGUCGUGAGGCCUGGACGAUUGGUCUCUAUUAUUGGUCCUGUGGGCGCAGGAAAAGUAUGUAUUAUUAUAAUCCAAAUUCAUAGUAUGGAAUAUUUCGAACAUAUGUUAGUAUUAUUAUUAUUAUUAUUGUUUUAACUCCAGAGUUCAUUGUUACAAGCGAUCUUGCGAGAAUUACCACUUUCUGAAGGUAAUAUUUCUGUGCGCGGUGUUCUAUCAUACGCAUCACAAGAGCCAUGGUUAUUUGCCGGAUCUGUUCAACAAAACAUUUUGUUUGGUUUACCAAUGGAUAAAGACCGUUAUAAAAAAGUAAAAAUAGAUACAAAUAAAAAUAUAUUCAUUAUAGAAUAUUAUUAUAGUUUUUUUUAAUAAUUUUAUCACAAAACAGGUUGUAAAAGUAUGUGCAUUGAAAACGGAUUUCGAGCAAUUCCCUUACGGGGAUAGAACAAUCGUAGGAGAAAGAGGUGUGUCACUUAGCGGCGGACAAAGAGCAAGAAUUAAUUUAGCUAGGUAUGUCGAUAAAUAUAACAACGUAAAAUUGUUGGAAAUUAGUUAGGUAGAUCAUGAUUUGGAAUUUGGUUAUGUCAAAUGAGAGUACUCAAUAUUAUAUUAUAAUACUGAGUUCCUAUUUUUUUUUUAAACUACCAAAAAACAUUUUAUAACAAUAAAAAUAACUUUAUUAUUACAAUAACUAUUCUGUACAAUUAAAGAAGUAAAUAUAGUUAAAAAUAUAAAAGUACUCCUUUAAAGUUGACAUUUGUAUUGGGGGUAAAUCUAAUUUUAUUACCUAACUAAUUUGCUAUGUACAACCAAAAUAGAAUUAGUUUGGAUUUAAUUAUUACACAAUGUUAAGAGAAAGAGAGAGAGAGUACAAGAGAUAGAAAACAAUACAAAUUAUAGUAAGAAAUUAUGGUUUAAUAAAGUACCUACACACAAAAAAUAAAAUAAAUAAAGCAUAUUAGAUAAUAAAUAUUUUUUAAUUUGAAAUAUGUUAUUACAGAGCUGUUUAUAAACAAGCAGAUAUUUAUUUAUUGGAUGACCCUUUGUCUGCUGUUGACACUCAUGUUGGCAAGCAUCUAUUUGAAAAAUGCAUAAAAGGUAACAUUGUAAAGAAUUAAAUUAGUUUGAUAAUGUAAAAUUUAAAAAUUAUUAUAUUUAUUUAGGCUAUCUCAAAGAAAAGACUUGUAUUCUCAUUACACAUCAGUUACAAUAUUUAACCAAGGUCGAUCAAAUUAUUUUAAUGGAAAACGUAAGUAUUGAUUAUUGAUAUAGUAUGUUAUGUAAAUACUAGUGAAAAAGUCGUAUUCUUACAAACAAAUAAAUAACAUUUAAAACUAUUGAACAAUACAAAUAGUUAAUAAUUGUAAAUGCAUUCUUCUUAAUAGGCAAAUAUAUUAGCUGAAGGUUCAUAUCAGGAACUUCAAGCUUCUGGCUUAGAUUUUACAAAAUUACUUGGGUCUUCAGUGGAAUCAACAGUGGUUGUGUCUGACAAUGAAUCAAAUUCUAAAUAUGCAAGUACCCAUACUUUAGACCCACGCAACAUUUUAUCACGACAAAUUUCUAUUCAAAGUGUUUCGUCAUCUAUUGAUGAUAGUAAACUUGGCGGAACUCACGAAGUACCGGUUGAAGUAGCUGAAACUAGAUCAUCCGGGGAUAUAUCACUAACUGUAUACUCAUCAUAUUUUUCUGCUGGUGGAAAUGUCUGUAAAAUAUCAUUUUUAUUAUUUAUGUGUAUUUUCACCCAAGUAUUAGCGUCCGGUGGAGACUAUUGGAUAACUUAUUGGUACUGUGGAAACAUUAAUAUAUCUUAUUACUAGUUAUUUAAUAAAAGUUUGUAAUUAUUUUUGUAGGGUUAAUCUAGAAGAACAUUAUUUCAGUCCCAGUGGUGUAGAUAAUAAUAGCACAUUAAGAGCUACAGUCACUACAGAUAAUAGCACAUCAACAACUGAUGAAGUAUCUGAUCAAAUAUUGUGGUGGACAAUUUCUAGACAAACGUGUAUCAUAGUUUUUGCCAUUGUGACAUUUGCAAUGAUAUUAGCUACUCUUAUCAGGUCUGCUACAUUUGUAUCAGUUUGUAUGAGAGCAUCUAUGAAUUUGCAUAAUAAAAUGUUUAAUGCCAUAACCAGAGCUACAAUGUAUUUUUUUAAUACAAAUUCAUCUGGUAAAAAUUAUUUUUUUACAUUAACAUUGUAAUCAGACAUUUUUUUUAUAAUUUUAUUUAAUAAUUUUCUCAGGGCGUAUUCUCAACCGUUUUUCAAAAGACAUGGGUGCAAUUGACGAGAUGUUGCCUAUAGCCUUGAUGGAUUGUAUACAAGUAAAAUAAACAAUAAUAUUACUUAAUCAGUAACAUGAUAUAAGGGAUUUAAAAUUUAAUAAUUUAAUUUGUUAAAAAAAAAUAAGAAAAAAAAUGUUCAUAAAAUCUCUUUGUUUCAAAUUCCUGCAUGUUACAGAACUCAUGAAACUAAAAUGUAUGUAAACUAACGAAUGUUUAAAAUAGAUUGGAUUGACACUGAUGGGAAUCAUAAUAGUUGUUGGAUUAGUAAAUGUUUACCUUAUGAUACCAACUGCUAUAGUUGGAAUAAUAUUUUACAAACUCAGAGUUUUUUAUUUAUCAACUUCUCGAAGUGUCAAACGGUUGGAAGGAGUUAGUAAGCACAAAAAAGUAUUUUAUUUGCAUGGGGCAUGGAUAAUUUUGUAUUGUAUAUUUUAAAAUGUGGUGUUAAUAUAUUUUGUUUUUAAAUAGCACGGAGUCCUGUAUUUGCUCAUUUAAAUGCAUCACUUCAGGGUUUAACUACAAUUAGAGCAUUUGAAGCAGAACAGAUUUUAUCCAAAGAAUUUGACAACCAUCAAGUUAGUAUAAAUAAUUUUAUAAUAUUUGAAAUAUUUUAAUUAUGUUAUAAUAUUCUAGGAUUUACAUUCUUCAGCAUGGUAUUUAUUUAUUUCUUCAAGUAGAGCGUUUGGUUUUUGGUUGGAUGUAGUCUGCCUUAUUUAUAUAAGUAUUGUAACAUUCAGCUUCUUAGUAAUCGGCAGUAGUAAGUUUAAAUUAAUAAAUGCCAAUAAAAAUAAUAACACAAUGAGUAUUUUUUUUGAUUUUUUCAGAUACAUAUGGAGGAAAUGUUGGCUUGGCUAUUACUCAAGCGAUUGGAUUGACUGGCAUGUUCCAAUGGGGAAUGAGACAGUCAGCAGAAUUAGAAAAUCAAAUGACAUCAGUAGAAAGAGUACUGGAAUAUACAAACUCUCCACAGGAAUCGGCUCUUGAAUCUCCCCCAGGUUAAUUUUAUAGUUUAAUUUUAUUUUUGUAGCACAGAAUUUAUAAAAAUGAGAGCAAUUUAUUUGUAGACAAAAAACCACCAAAAGAAUGGCCACAAAAAGGACAAAUCAUAUUUAAAAACUUUUAUUUACGCUACAGCCCAGAUACUCCUCAUGUUUUGAAAAAUCUCAACAUCCAUAUUGAAUCAAUGGAAAAGGUAAUGUUUAUUUCAUUUCUAUAUUUUGAAAAUCUUAAUAAUCAUUGUUUUAUUUAGGUUGGAAUUGUUGGUAGGACUGGUGCUGGAAAAUCAUCCUUAAUAGGAGCAUUGUUUAGAUUGGCUCUCAAUGAAGGUUCUAUCAUUAUCGAUAAUUUAGACAUUAAUAAAUUGGGACUACACGAAUUACGAUCCAAACUUUCAAUCAUACCACAAGAACCAGUUUUAUUUUCAGGAACAAUGAGAAAAAAUUUAGAUCCUUUUGAUGAAUAUCCAGACCAUUCUCUUUGGAAUGCUUUAGGAGAGGUAAUAAUACAUUAAUAUUAUUUUCAAUUGAAACACUUAUGAUUUUUUUUUUUUUUGAGAAAUAAUAAAUGAAUAAUAUUAGUAUACAAUAAUAACAAUAUUUAUAUUGUUUUCUUUCUCUUAGGUGGAACUUAAAGAUGCAAUUGAAGAUUUACCAGGUGGUUUGAAUUCUAAAAUGUCUGAAGGAGGAUCUAAUUUCAGUGUCGGUCAAAGACAGUUAGUCUGUUUGGCAAGAGCUAUAGUGCGAAAUAAUAAAAUUCUUGUGUUGGAUGAAGCCACUGCCAAUGUUGAUCCACAGUAAUAAAAUGACUUUUAUUGAUAUUUAAAUGGUGUUCAAAAUAAUUAUAUUAUUUCGUUUGUCUUUUAAUUUUCUUUUAAGAACUGAUGCAUUGAUCCAAAAUACUAUCAGGAAUAAAUUCCGAAUGUGUACGGUAUUAACAAUUGCUCAUCGGUUAAAUACUGUUAUGGAUUCUGAUAAGGUGCUUGUAAUGGACGCUGGUACAAUGGUUGAAUUUGACCAUCCAUAUAAUCUGUUGAAAAAUAAAGACGGAUUUUUAUACAAAAUGGUAGAACAAACAGGACGAGUUACUGCUGAUUUGUUGCACAGCGUAGCAGCCGAGGUAAAAAACUUGUAUUUUUAGUUUUAUGUUAAUUAUUAAAAAAAUUACAAUUGUUCAAUUUUUUUUUUUUUUAGAGUUUUAAAACUAUGCAGAUGACCAGAGAAUCUCCAAUAAGAUUAAUUGACGAUGAUGUAGAUGACGACCCAUACAAAACGGCAUAGUUUUCUUUCCAAAGAUAUUAAAUAUUAAUCACAUGGUGCCUUCAAGUAAUUAAAUUGUUCAAAUUUUGAAUUAAUUUUUUUACAUGCAAAAUAAAUAUAUGUUAAUCUAAGUAAAUCUUGUAUGAUAAUUUUAUUCUCAAUAAAUAUUAUAUCAUAUUUUAAAGUCAAAUCAAAUUAGUACCUAUUUAAUAUUAUUUAGUUCAAUAGUUGAAUACUUAGUAUUUUGUAGACAUUUUAUUAAUUCUACUUUAAUUUUGUAUACCAUAAUAUAGAGAUUUGUUGUUGCCUGUUGAAUUUGUCAUGUUAAUAAUUAAUUUUAAAGUAACUAUGAUCACUUUUGUACUUAACUAUUGUACAUUUUUUUAUUGUUCCAAUUGAUAUGAUAUAAUAAACUGAUAUAUUUGUUUUCCAUGAAAACAAAUCAAGAUGAAAUUUAUGUUGGUACAUGUUAUAAAUAAAGAGUGUCUGUUUAUUUUCAUCCAUGGUUUGUUUGUUUUUAGUAAAAUAUUAAUAUAGGGAAUAUUAUGUUGUGUAUCUAGAUUGUUAAUAAUUCAUGUAAUACUUAGGCGAAUACAGAAGUUACUGUUUCUAUUAUUUUAUGUUUGGUAUAGACAUUUUUCAAAUAUCUCAUGAUUAAUAAGGUAUGAAAUAUAACAAAUCCUUUAAUGACAAGUGUAUUAAAGUGCCUUGCAGAACUAUAAAAUUAUUUUCACAAUUUUAAAUUUAUGAAUAAUUUAAAACUUUAAAUGUUAAUGUUCAAAUUUGAGAAUUAUUAAUUUAAAUUAUUUGAAAACUGUAUAAAUCUUAUAUUUAUUAUUUUAGGAUUUUUGAAUUAUGGAAAUCAUCUAAAAGAAAACCAUGGAAUUUAUACAAUUGUAACUUUGUUUAUAUUACCUGUUCAUUUUAAGCUACUACAUUUCUUAUAUUUUUAUAUAACAUUUAUUAAAAAAAUGUAUAUUAUAAAAUAUAAAAUAAUUGUGACAUUGUUUAUUAUCUGCCUUGUUCAUUAAAACUGCUAAUGUGAAUUCUGCCUUUAAUGACUUAUUGACCUAAUAAUGCAUAAUUUCUAUAUUACAAUAACUUAUAUGCAAUUGUAAUUCUUAUUCAUUUUUGUAGUCUUUUGUUAUCAUAAAUGUUGAAUGUUGCAUGUUUAAAAGAGCCC